CCCGGAUAUUUCUCAUAGUUGUGACACCCAACCCGGGCGGCUCCACCCCGCGCUCCUGACAGAAGACAGGCGCUGGCAGAGCCCUCUCCACUUCAGAGAGCUCCGAGGAGAAGCAGAGGCCAGACGGGAGCGGGUCGACCUCGGCUGCUGAGCGCCAGGUGGGUGCCAGUCCGGGUGCGCCCUCGGUGCCAAGGGGAGAGCGCGCCCUGGCCAUGCGCAAAGGGGCGCCCAGGGGAUCGCGGGUGGGAGCAAAGGAUGGCUUCGCUGAGAAUUUGGAAGGAGGGCGCGCCAGGGGGCACGGGAAGGGUGUGGGUGCCAGGGGCACGGAUGGAGCCCCAGGGGUGAUGGACCCUCUGGAGGGGCGUCCAGGGAUCAGUGGAGGAAAGAGGGACUUCGUUGCGCAUGCUGUGUGUGGUUUUUUUUGGGGGGGGGGGUGGCGAGAGUGCCGGUGUGGGUGUUGGUGUCAGGAGUGGAUGAGCUGCGGGGGUGCUUGGUCCGCGUCGCGGGGAGUUCCGCAGGUCAGUAGGCGAAAGAGCAACCUGAAGUGUGCCUGCGCGUUUUAAAAACUCCGGGGAAGUUGGGAUAGGUCUCUAGAUCUUAAGCAUUCAUUUGAAAGAUGGGGUUUGGGUUAUUUUUUACGGGGGGAGAGUUGGCCUGGAAGAUCAGUGAGGGGGUGACCCGGCGGGGGGUCUAGUCGGGACAGGAGAGGACAGGGCAGUCACAGGUGCGAAUGGAGAAAUCUGCGGAUGGAGAAGGUUUUUGGGGGAGGGAGUUGAAGAGUUGGAGAAAAUGCCUGGAAAGAGACGUGCGUUUUUGGUAAGGCGGGGGGGGGGCGCGCUCAUGGAAGACGGUUCAAGAGGGUCUCAUGUCGGGGGGGGGGGCAGAAUUAAUGUCCGGGAGGUGUGGGUGCUAGGGAGGCGAGCACUGAAAACAUUUUGAGACUUUGGAAGAGGUGACUUUCCCAGUGAUGCAAUGCUGGGGAGGUUUUUUUGGGGGGUGGAGAGGAACUGGGGUGGGGUAUUAGGUGGCCAGCUCAGGUCAGGACUUAUGGGGCAGAGGUCCCUGGCCCCACUCAGCAGAAUGGGCAGUGGGUCGCACCCCAGACAAGUGCAAUACUGUAAUUUGCAUUCCUCUCUAAUGAGGGACACCCCAUAAGCCCAUUAAGUUUAGAAUCCAAUCUUAUCCAGCUGGGCUGGCUGAGAGGGAGUCCCCCUUCCUUGUUAUCCAGUAAGUUGGUUUUGAAAACAGGUGGGCGCCCAUUUCAACAGGGAAGGGGGCUUUGGGCCAGAGUUGGGAUUUGGGGAGGGGUCUCGGGGGCAGAUCAAGGGCUCAGCUUUUUCUAAGAAGCUGCCGGCCCGUGUGGACAAUACAGGGCAGGACGGAGCGAGAAUCUGACUCGGUCUUAAUCUGAUUUGUAUCCCAGUUGAAUGAUGUCAGUUCUGGUUUGGUGGCCGUGAUUCCCCGGCGAGGAUUUGCAAGUUGUUAGAGACGGGUGAGCCUUGUUUGGGAGGGCACCUCCCUCUUGAUGGGUGCUAGGAAAAGGGCAGGGCAGCGGUGCCAAGGGCAGAGGGUGCCAGGCGAUGCAGAUGAGCUGCGGGUGUUGGUGCGGCGAAGCUGCUAAUCUCAGCUGGAGGAAUCUGAGACAUAGGAGACACUGAGAAGCUGCGGGCUUUGAAGGUUGAAAAGACGGCUUCCCCCUCACCUCACCUCUCUCUCUCUCUUUUAAAUAGAUAUUUCUUUCUGAUCCUGUAAGUCAGGACAGGGCGGGUAAGGGGACACCUUCGCAUUUUGCAAAGAUUCCACAAGGACAGCCUUGCAAGGCGGGUUUGGCCAAAAUGGAGAGGGACUUGCCCACAGCAUUUGGGGAUGUUCCACGACUGAACCGGGGAUUUCCUUUACAGGGGCCCUAUAGAGGGAAGCUUUUAAAUAUGUGGCGUUUUAUUAUGUUUCUUUAUCUGUCGGAAGCCGCUGAAAGGGGCUGAGGCAACCCAGUCAGAUGAGGUAUAAUAAUAAUAAUAAUAAUAAUAAUAAUAAUAAAUUACUCUGCCCUGUUCUGGUUUUUGGAAAUGGAUUUGCAACGGAGGCUGUUUGGAGAGAUUCGGAGGCAGCAACAUCCCAGAAACCAGGGCCGAAUCAUUCAGAAGGUCCUAGGAAUAAUAAUAAUAAUAAUAAUAAUUUAUUAUUUAUACACCGCCCAUCUGGUUUCCCCAGCCACUCUGGGCGGCUUCCAACAAAGUAUUAAAAUACAGUAGUCUGUUAAACAUUAAAAGCUUCCCUAAACAGGGCUGCCUUCAGAUGUCUUCUAAAAGUCUGGUAGUUGUUCUUCUCUUUGACAUCUAGUGGGAGGGCGUUCCACAGGCCGGGUGCCACUACCGAGAAGGCCCUCUGCCUGGUUCCUUGUAGGAUGUUGCCCUGUCCUGAAUCAGAUCAUCGGGAUCCACCAUUGCCUGUUCUGGCUGGCAGCAGUGGCUCUCCAGAGUUUCAGAGUCUCUCCCAGCCCUCGCCAGGGCCAGGGAUUAAGCCUGGUGGGACCUUCUGUACGAAAAGGCGGGUGCUGCACCCCUGGGACACAGCCCCAUCGCCCUGGUCACACUGCAAAGGGAAAGGGAAUCCAGCAACAGGAGGGCGUGAGAGCUGAUGCAAACCUUAAGAUCUGGAGAUCUGGAAGGGGAACAGCUAAAGCAAAUACAAAUCUACAGGAUAAGAACAUCAGGAACACCCUGUAGGGUUCUGGUCGCCUCAACUGAAAACAGAGCUGGAAAACGUUCAGAAAAGGGCAACCAAAAUUAUUAAGGCGGUGGCAGCCAGCUGGCAGAGGAGGGGGGGAGACUGGGCACCCAAAACAAAAAUAUUGUGGGUGCCCGCCCCCCCGGCCCCCUGGAGUUGGUGCCCCUGCCAUCUGCUGUGAAUGCUUUAGUUGAGAUAUCUGACUCAGUUGGUGGUGCAGGGAUUUUGGGGGUGCUGAGGAAGAGGGAUAGAAUCAUAGAAUCAUAGAAUCAUAGAAGAGUUGGAAGAGACCACAAGGGCCAUCGAGUCCAACCCCCUGCCAAGCAGGAAGCAGCAUCAGAGCACUCCUGACAUAUGGUUGUCAAGCCUCUGCUUAAAGACCUCCAAAGAAGGAGACUCCACCACACUCCUUGGCAGCAAAUUCCACUGUCGAACAGCUCUUACUGUCAGGAAGUUCUUCCUAAUGUUUAGGUGGAAUCUUCUUUCUUGUAGUUUGGAUCCAUUGCUCCGUGUCCACUUCUCUGGAGCAGCAGAAAACAACCUUUCUCCCUCCUCUAUGUGACAUCCUUUUAUAUAUUUGAACAUGGCGAGCUGUUUUGGAGAAGGGGGGCCUCAGAUAACCCCUGAGUUCUUGGGGUUCAGUGUGUUGAGUUUCAGGAAUCUCCUUGCAUAUUUAUUUUUCUAAUGGUUCGUUUCUGAAUAGAUGGGGCAGUUUGUAAGCUGCAGUUUCUGGCCUAGAAGCCCCCUCGGCCUGGUGUGAUACCGUGCACCGAAAGAAACGAACUCUGCACACGCUCAGAAAUGCUCUCUUCUCGGGUGAAGUUGCAGCCCUGUUUCUCUGCUGGGGUUUAUUUCUUUAUUUCUUCAGCGUGUGUGGAUGUGUGGGCUCCUCUUACCAUCAGUAUUCACGUUUUAUACCAUAUUUUAUGCUGUUUUUUGUAGCAUCAAUUAAGUUUGUUGUUAGCCGCCCUGAGCCCGGUUUUCUGAACCGGGAAGGGCAGGGUAUAAAUAAAAAAUUAUUAUUAUUAUUUAUAUUAUAAUAUAAUAUUUAAAAAAUAAUAAGGCAGCAGCCAGACGAAAACGAGAGCAGAGCAUUUCCUGGGUCGACUUCCACUUUCUGUUCCUCUGUCCUGAGAGAAAAGGAGAGUUCUUGGAAGGGGGCCUCAAAGUUUAGUCCAAAAGCAAGAGAACCGCUUUGACCGGCAUCCCUUCUAGCAGGGCUCCUGUGUGGCAGGCAGAAGUUCAACAGAGGCAGAUUUUUUUCUCCCCAACUGCACCUGUUGGAUUUCUGCCUGUCAUGUCCUUGUUCGAAGGCCUUGCGAGAGAUGGGAGGGAUAUGGCAAGCCUGGAUCGAGGACCCUGGAGUUCUUUACAAACCUCCACCUGCUGUUGGGAAAAGGAUUGCAAGCCAGGUCUCCUGGGUUCCCAGAUUUGGCCCCGAGGCUUGUUUAGCUGUUGCUUCAUUACAGCUAAUGGCCCAACCAGAAACUCAGUUUCACCUGCUCCAUCCAGCUGAACCGGCAAACCUCACCGUUCGCACACCUUGGCACCCUCAUUAGCUGCACGGAGCCCGUCCCCAUUGGCUACCUGGCCAGCAGGUGGGUGGGGCACCCUGGGAGAUGAGCAACUUUUUCCUGGGAAGGGAUAUUCCCAAGUCUCCAGUCCUCCCAACGCACACGCAAGUCCCUGGCCUCAGCCGCGCCUCAGCUCCUUCCUGCAUUCCAGGCCCUGAGGACGUCCACCUGUUCAGCCACCCGGAUGAGAGAGGAAAUUAAUUCUCUGGAUCUCGCCCAGUGCGCAAGAGGGCCCCUGAGCAUGGGCAGAGUGCUUUUCUUCCCGUGCAGGGGAAACCCAACCUGCAGCAGCCCUCCUCCCCACCCCUGAGACUCCUGGGCUUGGUGGGAACACUGGGAAGCUGCCUUAUAACUAAAAGGAAUCAUCAAGGUCAGGGCUGCCUGUUCUGGCUGGCAGCAGCACUGCAGGACUGCAGAGAGGGGGAAUUGCAGAUGCCCAGCCACUGAGCCAGGGACGCGGGUGGCGCUGUGGGUUAAACCACAGAGCCUAGGACUUGCCGAUCAGAAGGUCAGCGGUUCGAAUCCCCGCGACGGGGUGAGCUCCCGUUGCUCGGUCCCUGCUCCUGCCAACCUAGCAGUUCAAAAGCACACCAGUGCCAGUAGAUAAAUAGGUACCACUCCAGCGGGUUUCCGUGCGCUGCUCUGGUUCGCCAGAAGCAGCUUAGUCCUGCUGGCCACAUGCCAUACGCCGGCUCCCUUGGCCAAUAGAGCGAGAUGAGCACCACAACCCCAGAGUCGGCCACAACUGGACCUAAUGGUCAGGGGUCCCUUUACCUUUACUUAGCCACUGAGCCGCAGCCCUUGCUGAAGAAGACAAACACUGGGCUGCUGCUAAACGGACUUCCAUCUUGAUGCACCCCUAAAUAAUAGCUGGAGGGGACCCCUAGGUUCAUCUAGUUCACCCCCUGCGAUGCAGGAAUCUCAGCUAAAGCAUCCGUGCUUAAAAACCUCCAAGGAAGGGCACAGACACAAUUGGGCACUCGGCUGCCACAACAACUCCCAGGUGCUUGAAACCAGAGUCUAGCCCAACACCCCAGGGAGUCCCUGCAUUAAUAUCUUGCGAAAUGCGUCUUUGUAGAUAAGGACGUUCCUGUUUCUUCCCUGCCGACGUUCAUCAAGGCUGCCACAAAGUGCUUGGUUAGCUUUCAGGUUGGCAUAGGAAACCUUUGGCCAAGGACUCUGCGGUGCCACCCAAAGUGGCCUGGGCAGGAUGUGUGCAUGGCAGAGGUAUUCCAAGCAUGCUAGCUGGUGGUCAUGGGAACAAGCUCUUAAAGAUAGCGGCGUUCCCAGCCGGCUGAGUGGAGGUUUAGAGAAAAAGGGACGGGAGGGAAUGAGAGAGGUGCGUAAGAAUCACGGCGGAGAACGGAGAAAAUCUGUUCUCCCACAACGCCAAAACUCGCAGACACCCAGCAAAGCUGAAUGUUGGGAUCAUCGGGCCUCACAAAGCAAAGUCCUUCUUCGCCAGGAGAGCAGUUGAGCUGUGGAACUCACUGCCACUGGACGCAAUAAGGGCACCCGUUCAGAUGGGCUUGAACAGAGGAUUGGCCUUAGAGAGAGAGAGAGAGAGCUCAGGAAUGGGGAUCUGGCUGGCUGCUGCGAGGACAGAAUGCUGGAUACGUAUUUAUUUAUUUCAGUCAAGAACCGGUUGAGAUGCCGGACUCGAUGGGCCUUUGGCUUGAUCCAGACUCCAGACACGUAUAUUAAUUCUGAGCCUCCCCCAUCCACUCCCAUUGCCCCAAGUUGCGUGAACUGGACGUUCCAUGCUGCCUAAGGCGUCGUUUGAGAAAUAUUUGGCCCCAUCGUAUGGAAAAUAAGGCUACCACCCUAGACAGCUAUCCCAGAGCUCUGAAUACUAGCCGUUGACCAUGGAGCAGCAGAAAUAACAGGUUAUUGCUCGCCGUCCUGCUGCCGGGCUUCCCAGAGGCAUCUAGGUGACCCACUCUAUAGGCCUUUGCUUGUUCCAGCCGAUUGUAAGCUCCUUGGGGCAAGCUACUCUUGCGCUCGGCGAAGCUGAUAAUGGCCCUAUGGAAACAAACAAGGAUAAAGAUGUAAAUUCCUGUGUGUGCCAUCCUUAAAGGACCUGGGGCACCUUCCCCCUUGCUCCCAGGCUCAUCGUGCUGGUUUUGAGCGAGGCAUCCUUGAUCCAGCCUUGCCCCAAAUGGUGCAACCUCCAGGGGGACCACAACCCCCAUCUUGAGGGCGCCAGGUUGGGGGACGCUGUAUUUCUCUUAGGAACCUGCCUGUUGAUGGAGGUGAGCCCCAGACAUCUGGUGCUUCCACCUCUGGAAAGCACCGGAAAGGAGCUUCCACCUUUGGAAGUGGGUGGCUCCCAGAUGCGGGGCCUUCUUUGUGGUGGCACCCCAGCUAUGAGUUCCACUAACACGCGCCUAUGAGGGAAAAGUUGGAAUGUUUCCUUAGUGCCGUCUCUGUUGUCUUUUGGGCGUCAGGAACAGUCUACUGUGUUUACACUUUCCAAAGCGAGUAAAGUUGUUUGCUUAAUCAUUAUGGAUAUUGCUUUUUUAACGCCGCUUGAGCAGCAGGUUUUACGAUGCCUCAUUAUGUUAACAGCCAACUGCGGUUUUAAUUGUCAACAGGUUUAUCAUUUUUAGCUUUUCUCUGGGGUUGUGCCAGGUGUCCUGAAGGCAGCGCGGAAAAGCAGAAAGGUCUAAAACGAAUGAAUAAAGUCCAUUUCGGGGGGCAGGAAUAUUCCACCCAGACCCGAGCCCUGACCUUUCCGUGUGUGGAUAUUUUUCAGAAAAGGAUAGACCGCGCAGCGUCAAAAAGCUGUGGCGAAAGGCAGACCCUUAACCUCAGGGUCGUGGGUUCGAGUCCAGCGAUGGGCAAAAGAUUCUUGCAUUGGAGGGGGCUGGACUAGAUGACCCGUGGUGUCCCUUCCAGCUCUACAAAUCCAUGAUCGCUGGGUGCAAAAUAAUAAUAAUAAUAAUAAUAAUAAUAAUAAUAAUAAUGAAUUUUAUUUAUAUCCCGCCCUCCCCAGCCGAAGCCGGGCUCAGGGCGGCUAACAACAAUAAAAUAGUACAACAUUCUAAAAUCAUUUCAUUAUAAAAUUAAUUCAACUCAAAUUGAUGGCAACCAUUGGGCUAGAGUUCUAUGAGGAUUACAGAAGGAGACAGGGGGUCAGACUGUGCCUUGGCCAAAGGCCUGGUGGAACAUCUCUGUCUUGCAGGCCCUGCGGAAAGAUGUCAAGUCCCACAGGGCCCUAGUCUCUUGUGACAGAGCGUUCUACCAGAUCGGGGCCAUAGCCAAAAAAGCCCUGGCUCUAGUUGAGGCCAGCCUAACCUCUCUGUGGCCCGGGACCUCCAAGGUGUUUUUGUUUGAAGACCGUAAGUUCCUCUGUGGGACAUACCAGGAGAGGCAGUCCCGUAGGUACGAGGGUCCUAUAGUGCAGCUGGUAUAGCACGGGUGAAUGUGAUCUUGCAGUGAGGACCCCGUAAGGAGUCUCGCCGCAGGAGUGGGUUUGUAAAAACAGCACUCGUUGCAGGAUCAGCUUGCGACAAUAAAAAGCAAGGCGUGUGUUGCGCAGGUGGCAUCUCACGAAAGGCUCGCAAAAGAAACCUUGUCCGAAACCGUAGAGAGCUGCUACCAGUCUGUGUAGACAGCACAGGACAGGGAGGAUCAAUGGCCCGACUUAUCUAAGCAUAGCGUGCUCGGACAGGCAGCAGCACCCCAAGCCCUCAGGCAGAGGCCUGUCACCAGCCCCGGCUAUCUGGUCCUCUGGAUGUUGACCCACCCAACUCCGAACUGUUCUUGUUGUUCCUGUGAGGUUUAUCACCCACCUUUUCCCCAUAGCUGUUAUUCUUGGGAGCAGUAUUUCAGACAGGCCUUUCCUGGAGAUAACGGGGAUUUCACCAGGGACCUUUCGCCCUUCCACUUUGCUGUGGCCUCUUCCCAAAGUCCUGUUUUCGACAUGCAGGGAAAUACCCAAAGCCUUGAACGGAGCCGAUUCCAGCUUUACGAAAGCGUUUCUGAAUUGUUCUCUCUCUUUCGCCAUCCGGGCUGAGCGCAAGGACCUUCUGCCAACUCCUGACGUCUCUCCUUUCCUCCUUUGAAACAUCUGUCCACAUCUGGAGUGAUGUCAGCUAGAGCAGAGGGCAGGCGGGCAGAGGUCGCCCGGUAUGUUCUGGGGCGCCCGCCCAGCCCUAUUUUUGACCCUCGGAUUUCCACAUCCAGAGAUGGGAGCCCUCGUGUCCAAAGUCACCGGACAGCACCGCUGAGUCAGGAAAUAUUUGCACGCGAAAAGGGGAAGGGAGCCUGGAAAACAAAACAAAAACCCCAGGGAUUAAGAGGUUGGGCACUGGAUUUCAAGGAGGGAAAUUCCAGGGUGUCUGGCUUUCUUUGGGGGGGGUCCGGGUCAGCACAGCCAAGAUUUCGGGUUUCCCCCUAGACACAUUCUUAGAAAUGAGGUGGAAGAAGGAGAGAGGGUCAUAGCUCAGUGACUGAGCACCUUCAAAGCCGCUUGCUUCCUCCAAAGAAUUCUGGUAACUGUGGUUUGCUGGGAACUGUAGCGCUGUGGCAGAUAAACUACAGUUCCCAAGGUUCUUUGGAGGGGCGUUGCCUGCUUUAAAUGUACACUGUGUCCACAGCCUGUGAGCAUUAUAGCCAGGGCCCGUGGGAUUCAUAAAGCCAGGAUCCUGCCAUCUCCAACCUGGUGCUCUCCAGAUAUUUUAGUCCAGGGGUCAGCAACCUAAGGCCCAUGGGCCACAAGCAGCCCACGGGGGUCAUUUUACCGGCUCACGAGCCGCCCCCAAACUGAGCCGCCCGCUUGGCGAGUCCCCACGCACUGCGCGGAUGCCAGAAUCGGGCUCUGCGGCAGUGAACAUGCCCAGGCAAGGUAAGCCUUGCCGACCCCUGUUUUAGUCUAUAGCAGAGGUCAGCAAACUUUGUCAGCAGAGGGCCGGUCCACUGUCCCUUAGACCUUGUGAGGGGCCGGACUAUAUUUUGGGAAGAAAAAAAAUGAACCGAUUCCUAUGCCCCACAAAUAACCCAGAGAUGCAUUUUAAAUAAAAGGACACAUUCUACUCAUGUAAAAACAUGCAGAUUCCCAGACCGUCUGCAAGCCGGAUUGAGAAGGCGAUUGGGCCGGAUCCAGCCCCCGGGCCUUAGGUUGCCUACCCAUGAUCUAUAGCAACCCCAGGCAGCAUGGCCACAAGGGCUGUCCAGGGACUGGUCUCGGUCGAAAGAGAACGUCUGUCCUUCCAGUACUGUUAUGUACUGAGUUGAAUAGGAUCCAAACUGCAGCAGUCUGAUUGGUCCUAGAACAAUAGGAUCCAAAUUGCAGCAGUCUGAUUGGUCCUAGAACAAUAGGAUUCAGAAUGCAGCAGUCUGAUUGGUCCUAGAACAAUGCAGCAGUAUGAUUGGUUGGCAGAAACCACCCAAUCAAGCUCCAGAUAUAAGUGAAUCCACAACCUGAUUGGCUUACAGUAGAAUUCCAGAAUUAGCCAAUCAUGUGCAGCCCAUUGUGUAAAUAAUGUAUAUAAAGCAGAUACUUUGAGGGGACUUUCAUUCAUCCCUCCUCACCACUAUGAGCUGAAUAAAGAGCAUGAAAUCACUUUGCGACUCUGAGUAUAUUUCAGGUACCCUCCUCCCAAAACAUUUAAGAUGGCCUUGCCUAGCCUAGUCCCCAUCCAGAUGUUCCCAACUACAUCCAUGCUAGCUGGAGCUGGUUGGAGUUGCAGUUGGGAACAUCUGGGGAAGCGCCCAGUUGCCAAAAAAACCAGGUUUAGAUCGAACGGGGAGACUGUGGUCUUGGAUUCCAGAGUCCUCUGGGACGGGAACUGUUGUUUUUUGCAGAUUAGAAUGAGGCCAGAGAUGGCUUAGAGGGACGCCAAUUUUGCCUAUCCAGUGCUUUGCACUACAAGUCCCAUCAGCAGCACCCCCCAAAAAACCAGGAGGGCACCAGGUUGGCAAACGUUGUGCUUGAACCAGUGGAUCUCCAGUGUCAAUGGACUCUGGGGCCACAGACACGCCGUAUAUUUAGAGCACCGUGACUCCGCUUUAAACACCCAUGGCUUCCCUCAAAGAAUUAUGGGAGCUGUCGUUUUUUAAGGGCACUGAGAGUUGUCAGGAGACCCCCUCGCAAAACUACAAUUCCCAGUGCUCCCUGUGAAGAGGAAUUUUAAAAAUAAUAAUAUUUUAUUCUCUUUUCCCCCCAUAUGGAAUACAUUUGUUACUCAGCAAUUAUAUUCCAAUUCAACCAAACUAGUCACUUUCCGUGCUCACCCCACAUCGAUUUUCAUAACCCAAAUUACAAAAAAUUGUAUUUUAAGGUUCUAAUUUCCUCCUCUCCAGCAUGUUUUUUAAUAUCUUCUGCUAUUUUCUUGCACUUCAAACCCCGUUGUGGCCUUCACACAAGGGAAUUAACUUUUAAUAUAGACUAGGAAAGGUUUCCAGUCUCCUUUGAAAUAUUUCAAAUUUGUAUAUUCUUUCAGUGCCGUCAGUUUUGCCAUCUCCCGUGAAGAGGGGUUGAUUGUUCGUCCACUCUGAGAAUUGUAAUUUGGGGUGUGAAGGGCGCUUUUAAAUGGCCUGACUGUGGCCUGGCUCCCACCAGCCAGUGGUCAGUGGUCAGGGAUGACAGUCGGAGACAGAGUGGCUUUAAUUUAAAUCAAAUCGAUUUAAAUUACUAGUCAGUAAGACUUGAUUUAAAUCAUGUAUAUUUUUACAGAAAGACUCAUUCUUGCUGGUAUCAUCUUAAUUUUACAACCAGGUGAAGGUUUCGUGUUCAGAAUAAUAAAUUUUCAGAGUAGUUUUUACAGUUAUCUCAAAAAUUACAGAUUUGGUUAUACUAUUAGAAAUGCGUCGACCGAUCAUUAUGAAAUUAUUGUGAGGUUUAAUAAGUUAACUGUUUAUAGUUGGACAACUUUUCUGCUGCACCUUAUUGGAAGGAGAAAAAUAAUCAUUUCCUUUGUAACAGUUUAAACAAUUUAUUUAACUAAAACAAUGACAUUAUAGCAUGUAUUCAUGUUGGUUAACUGAUGCGGUUAAACAAUUAAAAAAAAAUAACCUUAAGUUUUAGCAAACUUGAAACAAAUCCUUAUUUCCUGAUGGACUAUAAUGUAACUUAAAUAGAAAACUAUCUUUAGAAGAGUGGCAGAUGAGGAUGAUGGAAUAUGAAGAAUUGGCGAAGCUGACUGGGAAAAUCUGAAACCAGAGUGAUCAAGCUUUCCAAAAAGACUGGAGUAAAUUUGUACAACAUUUGAAGGAUAAUUGUAAACAUAGAACUACACUAGCAGGGUUGAAUUAACAAGACUUGUAAUGUUAAUGAGUAUUACCUUUUCAUAUCUAUUUAAAAUUUGGGAUCAUUGGAGUAUGUGAAAUGUAUGGUAAAUUGGAAGAGGUGCAAAUGCUAUGAUAUAGAAAUGAAUUAUGAAAACCAUGAGACAGGAGGGAAGUCGAUUAGCUCAUAAGAGCAAGAAGUAAAGUUAAGAAUAAGGUUGUAUUUAAAUACUAUAAAAUGGAAAUUUAAAAAUAUAUAUUAUUUUUAAAAAUAGAAAGAUUUUUCCUCCAAAAGCCUUUUAUUUUAAAAAACCAAUUUAAAUAAAAAAAAAAUCCAAUUUGUUAAAAAAUAAUAAUAAUAAAAAUCUUUUGAUUUUUUUUUUUAUCCACCUGGGUUGGAGAUCAAUCACUCUGCAAGGGAAAGCUGUGAAAUAAAGCCGAGAGAGCAGAUUGGGACGCAGAGAGGAUUAUAUCGCUUUAAAGAAGGGAUUGGGCCUUCAAAUGACUCUCACCUGGGCAGCAUCUUCUGGCCAUAUAAUCCUAGGUUUUCAGCGGCUGGGGAGAACACCCACAGGAAGUGACAAAGGUGGCUUAAAAAUGAAUGGCAGAGCUGGUGUUUAGCAGUGUCCCAGCCCUGGAGAAGAAUGUAGAAAGAAGCCGGGCUUGAUGAUGGAAGAGGCUUUAGAGUAGAGUCAUACUCUCACUCGAUUUAUUUGUGUACCAAUCCGUUUCCCUGGCUGCCAGGAGGAAAGCGAGGCUUUGUGGUUUCGGCUGGUGGCAGCCUGGGGUGGUUGCCACCUUUUGUUUCUGGCGCGGUGCCUGUGCUCUUGACAGAGGCGUGGCAGUCCCACAUUCAACAGGCGGUGUGGCAAGUUGGGGGAAACACCCCCUGUUGAAUUUUGGAAUUCCAUGCCUUCCGUCCAAGGUACGAGAACCGAUUUUUCCCCCCCAGGCUGAGCCUUAGAAGUUUGAAAGCCAGGACUUCUGAGUUGUCUAGUCUGGGAGGGAGUCUUUGCAGGUGGAGCAAAGGGGAACUCUGAUUCCAAAAUUGCAAAAAGACUGCUAUGUUUCUUCUGCAGAUGGGAGGAAGUUUUAUUCUCUGUUAAUUAAUAUUAAUUAAUGAUUUGGUUGACCAUCUGAUAAGGGACCUCACGUGUCGAAACGGGAAAAGUUAAUUCAAUAUGCAUGCAGGAAUUGAUAGAUGGAUAUUGCGAUGUUCUGUAAGGUUUGAAGAUAAACUAGAAUUAAUUGGGGAAUAUGAUGGGGAACCAUCUAGUAGGGCGUGCGGGAAGUCAGAUUUGGGGGGGAAAUGUUACAUUUGUUCCGAUUUGGGAAAAUGUUAAAUUUGUUUCGAUUUAAUUUGUUUUCAUUAGUGACCGAUUUGUUUAAAAAAAAAUGAAAAUCAAUAAAAAAAGAUUUGCCAAGAGAACUCGGAUCGCGAGUUCUGGCAUCCCUUUCUAGUUUUGGAAGGGAAAAUCUGGGGGGAAGCUGUGGGUCCCGUCCCCCCCCCACCCCCUGCUGACAUGGUGGUUCUGUAUAAUAAGUUCUGCCUCUGCCAAGAUGCUAUCAGAUAGCAAGGAAGACCCACCAUUGCUGAAGGAGAUACGGGGUUACUGUUCCAGGCGCUGUGUCAGCCUCUAUCCUGGGGCCUAGUAGUCAGUUACGGAUGUGAUGACUCUCUAGAAUGCCCAUUGCAUGCUUCCCACACAGUUGCCAGCCUCCCAGCUGGGAGAAAUAGGGUUUUCUGCUGCUAAAACGCAGCUAUGUCUGGAGUGGAGUGAAUAAAACAGUUGGGUACAGUGGUACCUCGGGUUACAUACGCUUCAGGUUACAGACUCCGCUAACCCAGAAAUAGUACCCUGGGUUAAGAACUUUGCUUCAGGGUGAGAACAGAAAUCGCGCGGCGGUAGCGGGAGGCCCCAUUAGCUAAAGUGGUGCUUCAGGUUAAGAACAGUUUCAGGUUAAGAAUGGACCUCCGGAACGAAUUAAGUACCCGAGGUACCACUGUAGUAAAAAAGGUAAAGGGACCCCUGACCGUUAGGUCCAGUCGUGGCCGACUCUGGGGUUGCAGCGCUCAUCUCGCUUUAUUGGCCAAGGGAGCCGGCGUACAGCUUCCGGGUCAUGUGGCCAGCAUGACUAAGUCGCUUCUGGCGAACCAGAGCAGUGCACGGAAACGCCGUUUACCUUCCCGCUGGAGCGGUACCUAUUUAUCUACUUGCACUGGUGUGCUUUCGAACUGCUAGGUUGGCAGGAGCAGGGACUGAGCAACGGGAGCUCACCCCGUCGCGGGGAUUCGAACCGCCGACCUUCGGAUCGGCAAGCUCUGUGGUUUAACCCACAGCGCCACCCACGUCCUACCACUGUAGUACAGACUCGAAAUUCUGUCCCCCGGAGCUACAGUGCCCCUAGUGCCGGGAAACGGCGUUGCAUUCACUGUUUCUUCUCUUCCUUCUCUGCAGACAAGAUGCCGGUGGCAGACACUCGCGGGGACGCGGGGCGAUGGACCAAUGUCAGUUACCGCGUGCGGCAGCCCAACCAGCCGGAGACCGGGCCCAGGAGGAAGAAGAGGAAUUGGUUCCACAAAUGCUGCGCCUGCUGCUCAGGCCAGGGGGACGACGACUGGGGUCCCUCGCCUGGGGAGGUCCCAGGAGCACGGAGAGAGCCUGUCAUCCGAGGUGAGCUUCUUGGGUGAGGGUGUGCGAGACACUUGCCAGGCGAGAGAGCAGGGGUGAAAUCAAAAGAAUGUGCAGAGUGUGCAGACAUGUUUAUUUUUUUUAAUAUUAAUUUUUCUUAAUUUUUCAACAUAACAUUUUCAACAGUAGUUCAACAUACUUUCAUAUCUUAUACCAUUUUUUUUACUUCCAUCAAUCACAUCUGAAAAUUUUCCAAUCUAUUCACUUAAUAUACAUUUCUUUUUUAAAAAGAUUUUUAUUCAUUUUUCAUUUUCGUUCACUACAUGCAUCUCAAAUUCUUAACAUUUACUAUAUAUUUCUCCCUCCCUCCCCUCCAAAAGUUCCCCCAACUUGCGUUUGUGGUUUGUUUCUAUUUUCACCCACUUUGCUAUCGUUCAACAGAGAAAGUUAUGAAUAACAUAACAUCAAACCUUAAAAACAUAAAAAUAAAAUUAAAUACAUCAUCUUAUUUCACUAUCUUCCAAACAUUUUCUGGUGCUAAUAAUGUGGGUGUUUAUUUAAAUCCUGCAUUCAAGUCUAUUGCCUUUCUUUGUUUCUGCAAAUAUAAUAUGAAUGAUUCCCAAUCUUUUUCAAAGUCUCUGGGUCUUUUUCUCUUAGUCUUUCUGUCAUUUUUGCCAGUUCUGCAUAGUUCAUCAACUUCUCUUGCCAUUGUUCUUUAGUUGGUAUUUCUCCAGUCUUCCAAUUGCAUUUCUUACUUCCACUAUUACAUUUAAAUCUCAUAACUAAUAUAUCUAUUCUUUUUGUACUUUGCAAGGUUUCGUAUAUUUUUCCUUACAAAACUCCUGGUAGCCCUACUAGCGUAAUUUGUUGAUUACAGUUGCUCUUCAAAUAGUUCAUAUAUUUCUUCCAAUCUUCUGUGAAUCUCUGGUCCCGCAGGUUUCGAAUCCUUCCUGUCAUUUUAUCUAAUUCUGCGUAGUCCAUUAAUUUUGUCUGCCAUUCUUCUUUUGUCGGGAUUUCUUCUUGCUUCCGUUUCUGGGCUAACAAUACUCUUGCCGCUGUUGUUGCAUAUAAAAACAAUUUAACACCUUGCCUAUUAAUAUCUGAGUGUGCAGACGUGUUUAAAUCCUGCUCAUCAUCAUCACUUUUAAUUUGUAUACCAUCUUUCUAUCUUACAAUACCCAAAGCGGUUUACAAGCUGAAGAAACAAAGAAUGUCCACCUUAUAACAAUCUAACGCAAGACAAAAAUGUGAUAAUGAAACGUAACUUUAAAAUAAAAAACCUACAUCAAGUAAAGUAACAUUCAACAAUCAUUAGAACAGUAUAGAAGAAGAAUAUCAGCAUAUAAAAAUUAAACCGAAAUCCACUCUUAACAGUUACAAUAAAUAAUUGCUAAACUACAAUCAUCAAUAAGACAACGGCAAGCCACAGAGCCUAAAACAAUACAAUGCAAAUUGAGAAGCAGGGACUGGAGGGUGGGGCAAGGCAGGGGGAAAAGGCCUUGCCUGAUGAAAUCUCUCCCCUCCCCUUCUGCACUCUGGUGCAGCUGCACAGAUUUUGGGCUUCUCUCGAAGUUUUGAAACGGGAAUUUGUAGGAAGGUGUUGAUUUUGAAAUUCAGCUUUGAGAGAGAGGCUUUAAAACACACGUGCUUACAAAAAUAGAAGUUCAUCUGACUAAAUCAGCCUUCACCAGCCCAGUGCCAUCCAGGGGUUCUGAACUACAACUCCCAUGAUGGGAGUUAUAGCCCAGAACAUCUGGACAGCGCCAUCAUGGGAGUUGUGGCGCAGAACAUCUGCAUGUUGCCAUCAUGGGAGUUAUAGGCCAGAACAUCUGGACGGCACCAUCAUGGGAGGUGUAGCCCAGAACAUCUGGACGGCACCAGGCUGGUGUAAGCACUGGGGAAAGAGAUCUCCCCUCUUGUCUUCUGUAAUAAAAGUUUAUUUAUAUCCUGCCCUCCCCAGCUGAAGCCGGGCUCAGAGCGGCUGACAACAAUAAAACAAUAAAUAAGGCAUUAUGCACAUGACUGAUACUGUUUUGACAUGUGAACCUUAUUGCCAGUAUUUUAGGAACCCUUCUCUCUUCCCUGAAUGGAGAAAUCCACUGGCGAUCCUUUAGCAGAAUUGUUGGCAAUGCAUCGGAAUAAAUUCUGUCCCCUUCGAUGGGUUUCUGCUGUACUCCUUCCAUAUGUUUUCAGGCCCUCCCUGUUUCCAACGAAGGAGUCUCGCCAGGCGAGAUGUUGACAUUGGUCAACGAUGUGAUGCAGCAGCAGAAAAAGCUAACACAAUUCUGUGCUGGACCAGAUCAGGGAAGUCAUAGACCUGUUCUGUUCUGCCUUGGCUGGACCCCACCUGGAAUAUUGUGUCUGGUUCUGGGCGCCACAAUUUAAGAAAGGUAUUGACAAGCUGGAACUUCAGUUCCCUCCAGCUGAGGUGGGGGACUCAAUUUCACUGGCAGAGGUGGGAUGGCCAUCUGUCAGAGAUUCUGUCUUGUUAAUAAAUGUAGUCUUAUUGAUUUCCAAUAUAUAAAUUACAAAAGAGAGAGAAAGGUACAGAAACAAAACCCCAACUCUCUCCACUCCAGGACGGAUCAAUCUGUUAUUGUUAUUUUUAAAUUUUUAUUUAUUUGGUUUUUCAACUUAAAAUUUUACAGAGAUAUGUCAAACGUAAAUCAUAAACACAAGAUUCCAAGGAAUCUCCUUCCAUCCUCCCCUUUGUGGGUCCUAUUAUUAAUCAUUUCCUCCCACAUCUUUUGUGAUCAUCCGAACCCUUUACCUCUUCCGUUAUGUCCAGAAUUCAACCUUAAACUACAAGUGAUACUCCACUAACGAUUUUAACCGUUAAUCUAGUUAAGUUUGCCCAAGUCCAAUCUGUGAUUUCGGUAGCUGCCAUUCUUCAGCAUUGCCAGUAAAGUGUUUCAUAAAAGGAUGCCGUGUUUCAAGAAAAUCGCCCGCAUUAUUUGCAUUAUUUGAUGCGUGUAUUCUCUUGGUUAAUGUUCGCAGUGCCGGAUUUAUGUAUAAGCCAAACAAGCUAUAGCUUAGGGCCCCACUCUCUUGGGGGACCCACAUAAAAAUUAAAGGGAAAAAAACCCCUGGGUGUACAUUUCCAAAAUAUAAGAUAUAAAACAAAUAAAAUAAAACAGGCGUAGGCAAACGGCCCUCCAGAUGUUUUUGGGACUACAAUUCCCAUCAUCCCUGACCACCGCUCCUAUUAGCUAGGGAUGAUGGGAGUUGUAGUCCCAAAACAUCUGGAGGGCUGAGUUUGUCUAUGCCUGAAAUAAAACCUACAUACAGCAACAGUGUUUUGUGUUGUGCAGGCUCCUAUGAUCUAAGGCCUGCUAGCCUGCUCCCUAAAAUAUCACUGUUUUGCUCCUUUCUAUAUAGAGGGUGCCUGCAUUCUGCGCGGACUGCUUGCAUGGCAACAUGGGCAAAUGGCUUGAGAUACCUAUGAGGUCCAUAAAUGACCAUAUAGAAUAUAUUCAACCCCCCAAAAAAGUGACAAUUUGUUGUUGACAAAGGACAGCUGGACAUAUAAAGGGCCCCAUUGCCUUCAGUAGCUUAGGGCCUUGUCAAACCUAAAUCCGGCCCUGAAUGUCAGGGGUUUUUUAGGCAGAGAUUUUUGCAUUGCAGGGGACGAGAUGAGCCUUCCAACCAUACAAUGCCGGGAUUCCAAUAAUAAUAAUAAUAAUAAUAAUAAUAAUAAUAAUAUAUUAUUUAUACCCCGCCCAUCUGACUGGGCUUCUCCAGCCACUCUAGGCAGCUUCCAACAAAAUAUUAAAAUACAGUAAUGCAUCAAACAUUAAAAGAUUCCCUAAACAGGGCUCCCUUCAGAUGUCUUCUAAAAGUCUGGUAGUUGUUGUUCUUUUUGACAUCUUUUCCUCCCUCCCUUGAGCAGAGGGCAUGCUGGUGGUCAGCGGUGUGGACCUCAUGAGCGGCCGAUCCAGCAGCAACCGCCGGGCCCACCACACGAACGAGUUCGAGUACGAAAAUCUCAUCCUCCGCCGCGGCCAGCCCUUUGACAUGAAGCUCCAGUUCCGCCAGCCGUAUGACCCUGAGGAGCACCGCAUCUGCCUCGAGUUCCUUAUCGGUGAGCGUGCCGAGAAAUGGAGGGAUAUCUGGCCGUCGGUCGCGGGGGGGGGGAGGAGUGGGGCAGGGGCCUUCGCUGCUUUUAAACAGAGCGUCUAGUCCUUGUGACUGAGCUGCUGAGUUUGGAGGAACUAGGCGAGACGGAAGCAGGCCAGAAAUAGCCCUUCAAUGUUCUUCAGCACACCUUGGUGUUGUUCAAGUAACUCCGCUUUUUCUCCCAGUUGCGGAAUCCAUUGCCACAUUGUACAGUGGUACCUUGGUUCUCAAACUUAAUCUGUUCCGGAAAUCCGUUCCAUAGUUGUCAACUUUUCCCUUUUCUUGCGAGGAAUCCUAUUCGGAAUAAGGGAAUUUCCCUUUAAAAAAGGGAAAAGUUGACAGCUAUGGUCCGUUCCAAAACCAAAGUGUUCCAAAACCAAAGCAUGCUUUCCCCUAGAAAGUAAUGCAAAACGUAUUCAUCCGUUCCAGACUUUUCAAAUCAACCCCUAAAACAGCAAUUUAACAUGAAUUUUACUAUCUAAGGAGACCAUUGAUCCAUAAAAUGAAAGCAAUAAACAAUGUGCUGUAGUCACACAACGAAUCCAUCAGUAGCUGAACUGGGUUGCGCACAGUCACAAGAGCAAAACAAAAAAGCCACAAAAACGCAAGAUAAAUAGCAAAAACAGACAGACCUCAGCAUAACACUCAAAAUGGAAGCGUGGCACUCAAAACGGAGCACGUCCGGCUUCCGAAAAAUGUUCGCAAACCCAACACUUACUUCCGGGUUUGCAGUGUUUGGGUUCCAAGUUGUUUGAGAACCAAGGGACCACUGUAUAGGGUUGAUGCCUAGCUUAGGGAAGUUCGAAAAUGCACAAGGGAGGUGCCUAAAUGGACCUCCUUCUUCUUGGGAAGUGAGGACGGGUGAGAGGGCUGUUGUUUUCGUUCCCCGAUGAUGGGCUUCCCAGAGGCAUGUGUCUGAAUGUAUGAAGCAAGAAGGGUUGAUCUAGCAUAAGGUUGCCAGACGUCCCCGGAUUUACAAAUCAGUCCCCAUACAAAAUCAAUUGAAGUUGAAAAGUUUCCCCAGAUUCAUUGAAAAAAAUCUGGUAACCUUAAAUUCUAGCAGGCCUGCCCUGGUGCGUAUUUUUUUACAGGAGCUUGUACCCCUCUUUGCGCAAAUAAUAUUCUGAUCAGAGAAUGUAAGUUCCCCCUGGUGCAAAUCAUGAUGUUUAUGUUUUAUGCCUAACACAAAUAGCCUCAAAAAGCUCAGGAGUGGGGUCUCCAGAUUGGGGUCCCAGGCUUGCACCGCAAGGUGGUCACUUUGGUGCUGCGACCUCAGCAAAAACAACGCAGGAGUUCUGGGUCUGCAGCCACAGCAGGUGCUGUGAUUCUCCAGUGGUUUCACUCCACCCUUGGAGGUGCACUCCAUUGCCUCUCAAGACAGAUAUCAACGACGACUUCACACAGUCCAGGUUCCUGUGAUUCUAAAGUGUGGUGUAGUGGUUCAGAGCGGUGGACUCGUAAUCUGGUGAACCGGGUUCGAUUCCCCGCUCCUCCACCUGCAGCUGCCAGGUGACCUUGGGCCAGUCACGCUUCUCUGAAGUCUCUCAGCCCCUCUCACCUCACAGAGUGUUUGUUGUGGGGGAGGAAGGGGAAGGAGAAUGUGAGCCGCUUUGAGACUCCUUCGGGUAGUGAUACAGCGGGAUAUCAAAUCCAAACACUUCUUCUCCUCGCAGGGCAGGGAGGGGGUCAAACUCGAUGACCCUCUACCGUUCUGUUUUGCUGCGAUCCCAAGGUUCAGAGAUGAGCCAAAACGCUCAGCAGGGCUUUGCUCAGCUGCCCUAAGUGAAGCGAGGUUGCUUCUGAGCAUGUGCAAAGUGCCUUUCCCUCUCCUUCCCAUUCUCACCCACACCAAACAUUUCUUGGUCAGAAAGUAACCAGGACAGGAUUGAGAUGCAUCUUAGCAUCCCACAAAUUUCACUGAGGCCACGGCUGCAGUGUUCCCUACUGCCGAGGUGCAGGCAGAAAUUCACCGGGUGAAGCUUGGUUCUCAGCCUGCCCUCUUGGAUUUCUGCCUGCCCUCCCCUCAGCAGCGCAGUUGUCCUGGGGUUCUGCAGCCAAGAGCUUUCGCUCCCAGAGGACGUGUGUGUCCCGUUUAGUGGCUGAACUGGUCUGUGUUCCUUAUCUGCUCAAGUGGGCGAGGAAUGUGGCUCUCAGCGUCCUGGGACGCGUUGCUAAACUUCGCUCGGGAGUGCAGGGUUUGGUAGCGGGGUUGGGCUGGCAGGCAGCCUGUUUUCUUGGCUUCCGGCCCAGCCGUUCCCAUAAUUAAGCCCUCGUUUCCCCCAACACCGCCAUUCUGUUCCUCCUUGCCUGAGAUUAAAAAACAGAAAACAUCCCACCCUCUGAUUAGCUUGCAAGGCCGGCCGCCUCUGUAAUUUCUUGGGUUCAGGGGCCGGGGGGCCUUCUGGAUUCCACAGCAUCUACUGGGAGGGGAACGUGCUCCUUCGAACGGCCCACCCAGAAUCACAGUACGGCCCCCUGCCCUCAGAGAGGGCAGACGUGGCGUUUUAGGAGAGGUACAUUUUUGAAAAGACGUAAGAGGUGGUUCGCAGAGGUCAAGCACUUGCUCUGUAUGCAGAAGUCCUGGGUUCGAUUCCUGACAUCUCCAGGUACAACUGCGGAACUAAUAAUAAUAAUAAUAAUGAGUUAUUUAUACCCCCUCCAUCUGGCUGGCUUUCCCCACUCUGGGCAGCUCCCAGCAGAAUACAGUGGUACCUCUGGUUACGUACUUAAUUUGUUCCGGAGGUCCGUUCUUAACCUGAAACUGUUCUUAACCUGAAGCACCACUCUAGCUAAUGGGGCCUCCCGCUGCUGCUGCUGCUGUUGCUGCCGCUGCCUGAUUUCUGUUCUCAUCCUGAAACAAAGCUCUUAACCUGAGGUACUAUUUCUGGGUUAGCAGAGUCUGUAACCUGAAGUGUAUGUAACCUGAGGUACCACUGUAUUGAAAACACGAUAAAACAUCAAACAUUCAAACUUCCCUGAACAGGGCUGCCUUCAGAUGUAUUCUAAAAGUCAGAUAGUUGCUUAUUUCCUUGACAUCUGAUGGGAGGGCGCCACCACCGAGAAGGCCCUCUGCCUGGUUCCCAGUAACCUCACUUCUCUCAGGGAGGGAACCGCCAGAAGGCCCUCUGCGCUGGACCUCAGUGUCUGGGCUGAACGAUGGGGGUGGAGACGCUCCUUUGGGUAUACUGGGCCGAGGCCGUUUAGGGCUUUAAAGGUAGCUGGAAACCCAGGUCACAUAGAAUCAAAGAGUUGGGAGGGAUCAACCCCUGCAAGGCAGAAUUUCUUUGCCCGACGUGGGGCUUAAACCCACGACCCUAAAGAGCCUCGUGUUCCAUUGACCAAGCUAUGGGCCAAUGACCGCAUCAUACCUUUAAAGCACAAAGCUCCCCCGCCAAGGAAUCCUGGGAAGUGUAGUUUACCUGUCGCAAAGCUACGAGUCCCUGCAUCCGGAACAAACAGCAGUUCCAAGGAAUCCUUUGGGGGGAAACCAUGUGCCCUUUCUUAAAAGCAGAGGUUGGGUAGUGAUCUGUCGGGGAUUCUUUAGCUGACACUCCUGCAGGGUUGGACUAGAUGGGGAGCCCUUCGAACCCCACAGUUCUCUGAGUCUAUGAAAUGAAGUUGGAGGGUUUGGUGUGGAUUUGGCCUCUGUCAGAGGAGAUGGCACUGGGCUGGAUGGUCAAAUAGUGAGUCGUGAUGUAAGAUAGUUCCCACUUGGGGACUUCCCUGGCUUUUUUCUGGCCCACGUAGGACCGGUCUGGAUAGUUAGCCUUGGUGAAGACUUGACGUUUUCGUCCCCCAAAAAGUUUUUGAGUUUCUGCUGAAAUGAGGCUGCAUUUUAUUGUUGUAUGUUAAUCUUGUUUUUAAGUUGUAUUUCAAUCAAUUGUUUUUAUAUCGGGUGUUAGCCGCCCUGAGCCUGGUCUUGGCGGGGAGGGCGGGGUAUAAAUAAAAUUUAUUAUUAUUAUUAUUAUUAUUAUUAUUAUUAUUAUUAUUCCUCAACCCCGUGCUCAGUUCCUAAGGGGCAGAGAAGGGGUCGCCAAUGGGAGGGGGGCCUCCACUGGCUAUGGCCAUGGACUACCCGUCUAUUCUGCGUCGGUCAGGCCGCCACCUGGAAAACUGUGUCUGAUUCUGGGCGCCACAGUUUUAACAAGGAUAUUGACAAGCUGGAACGUGUGCAGAGGAAAGCGACCGAGACGAUCGAGGGUCUGGGAAAACAAGCCUUAUAAGGUCCGGUUGAGGGAGUUGGGGAUGUUUAGCCUGAAAAAGAGGAGAUAUGAUAGUCAUCUUCUCAGGGGCUGUCACAUGAAAGAUGGCGCAAGCUUGGGGUUUUUUCCCCUGCUCCUGGAUGGCAGGACUCGAACCCAUGGCUUCAAGUGACAAGAAAGGAGAUUCCGACUCAACAUCAGGAAGAAAUUUCUGGCAGUUAAGAGCUGUUUGACAGGGGAACGGACUUCCUCGGGAGGUGGUGAAUUCUCCUUCCUUGGAGGUUUUUAAGCGGAAUCUGUUAUGGAUGCUUUAGCUGAGAUUCCUGCAUUGCAGGGGAUGGACUAGAUGACUCUAGGGGUCUCUUCCAGCUCUGUGAUUCCCUCGGCCAUUGCUUGGAGGUAAUGUGAGUUGCUGGUCCCCUCACCUCCUCGCAAAUAGAAGGGGAAGAAAUGGAGGCAGUGAGAGAUUUUACUUUCUUGGGCUCCAUGAUCACUGCAGAUGGUGACAGCAGUCAUGAAAUUAAAAGACGCCUGCUUCUUGGGAGAAAAGCAAUGACAAACCUAGACAGCAUCUUAAGAAGCAGAGACGUCACCUUGCCAACAAAGGUCCGUAUAGUGAAAGCUAUGAUUUUCCCAGUAGUGAUGUAUGGAAGUGAGAGCUGGACCAUAAAGAAGGCUGAUCGCCGAAGAAUGGAUGCUUUUGAAUUCUGGUGCUGGAGGAGACUCUUGAGAGUCCCAUGGACUGCAAGAAGAUCAAACCUCUCCAUUCUGAAGGAAAUCAGCCCUGAGUGCUCGCUGGAAGGACAGAUCCUGAAGCUGAGGCUCCAAGACUUUGGCCACCUCAUGAGAAGAGAAGACUCCCUGGAAAAGACCCUGAUGUUGGGAAAGAUGGAGGGCAUAAGGAGAAGGAGACAACGGAGGACGAGAUGGUGGGACAGUGUUCUCGAAGCUACCAGCAUGAGUUUGACCAAACUGCGGGAGGCAGUGGAAGACAGGAGUGCCUGGUGUCUUCUGGGAAGACAGUCCCAGAUUCAAUCCUAGGCAUUCCCAGGUAGGGCUUGCCUGAAACCUCAGAGUGGUGCUGCCAGUCAGUGCAGGCAUCUCUGAAUUAGAUGGGCUGGGGUUCUCACUGCACGAGGAAGGAUUCCUCUGCCCCUUCCUAUUGAUGGUGAAACACGGAGCGGCCCUGUUUUGCAGGUAGAUCUGAGAUUUAGUUUAUGGUGUCACCGCUGCAGCCUGGAAGGCAGGAAGAGGGAGUCGGUGAAAGGGACCUCUGAGCAAAUGCAGAGUUCUCUCACUGCUGGAGAGACUUCUCACCCCAAAGACCCCGGAGGGUCCCAGUUACUGGUAGAAUAGAUUGUCUGAGCUGAUGAUAUUUGACGGCUUCAUUUGCUCCUAGGAAUUGGUGUUGGCAAUGGAGGGCGAUCGACAGAUCAGAAGGCGGUGUGCUCUUUUUGAAGAACUCAAGCAUUGGGUAGGAUGCGUUUAAUAAGAUAAUUGAGGGCAUUGGUCCCAGGGACCAUCAACAUCAAAGGGAAACCACAAAACUGCCCAAUGCUACAAGGACAAUUGAUGGGAACGGCUGCUCCUGCCCAAACGGCCCAAUUUGGUGCCCACAUAAUUAUUUGGCUGCCGGAAAUGAGACCCAGCAGAAUCCUUUAUUCUCUGCCUGGCUAAUCACACAGAUCCUUACCAACCCUUAUUUGAGGCUGCUUCCGGAGAGCCCAUUUCCUUGACCGUUCAACUAUGAUUUGCUUGCAGGGAGAGGAGAUGACGUUUGCCAUUUAUGGAGCAUCCUUCCACCCCGAUUCUUUUGUGGGGAGGUUUGAGGUUUGCUGGCGUUGGUGUCACACUUUCUGCCUCGUUUUCCUUAUUACACAAAAAAAGCACCCCAUUUAGCAGGGGAGGGGGUUCGUUGCGCCAGCGGCGGUGCGCGAUGGAGCCCCAAAAUAGUGACAGUCUGGGUGCACCCUUUGUCUGGCAAUUGAGCAGUCCUCCAUGCACGCUUCAAACUUGGUUUCUGGCCAUAAAAGCAGGAGUAUUUUAGGAUGUAUUUUAAUUGAUUGCCUGAUUUUAUGUUAAUGUGUUAUACAUUUGAUGUUAGCCGCUCUGAGCCCGGUUUUGGGUUGGGAGGGCGGGGUAUAACUAAAUAUUAUUAUUAUUAUUAUUAUUAUUAUUGGUUCAUUCAUACAUUAAGUUGUGUUGGGAGUGGAUUGAGAAUCCAUGUUGUUGUGAACAUCCCUUGUCUGAAUGAAAGUCUGGGAAGAUGCGUUGGCGUCGGGAAGGAGGUAGUUCAUAAUUAGGAAAUGAUAAUGACUUGCGUAAGCCCAAUGUUCCCAGUAGGUGCUUGGAUCCGUCCUGCAAACUGCUGAGAAUCUAGAGGCACUCCAGAGCUGCUUUUCAUCCAGCUGUUUUGCACAUCUGGAAUUAAAGGGAGCUUCCAAGCUGUUGGAGGGGGGGUCCCCAAAUUCCAGAGCCUCUCAUUCAAGAGGCCUAAAAUGGGACCACAGCAGCCACUGAUGGUAUCAGAAACCUGCCAGGCGUUCGCCAACUCAGAUCUCCUUGGCGGUGUUGCUGGCAAACGGGUUGCCCCACCCCGAUCCCUGGCAGGAUUCGUGCGUCAAGAGGAUGUGGCCUGCUGGACUGAAAGGUCCAUCCGUCGUCGUGCCUUUUGUAAUGCGUCCACCACAUCCCUCCAGGAAGGCCUGCUAGGAGCAAGGGGAUGUGUGAAGGCACUGGCUCUCUCCUGCUCUGGGCCCAAGCAGGUAGACUGCAUCUCUCCAUGGAGUCUCCACAGCAGGAUUAAUGAUAGCAGCCAUCUUUCAUCAUGGUUGGAGGGGAGGUUAGAUAAUGAUAAAGAUAAUGAUAAUGAUACGGUGGUACCUCUGGUUAAGAACUUAAUUCAUUCCAGAGGUCCGUUCUUAACCUGAAACUGUGCUUAACCUGAGGUACCACUUAGCUAAUGGUGUCUCCCGCUGCCGCCACGCGAUUUCUGUUCUCAUCCUGAAGCAAAGUUCUUAACCCGAGGUACUAUUUCUGGGUUAGCGGAGUCUGAAACCUGAAGCGUCUGUAACCCGAGGUACCACUGUAAUGAUAAUUCAUUAUUUACAUCCCAUCCAUCUGGCUGGGUUUCCCCAGACUCUCUGUGUGGCUUCCAAAAAAAGAUUGUUGUUGUUUAGUCGUUUAGUCGUGUCCGACUCUUCGUGACCCCCUGGACCAGAGCACGCCAGGCACUCCUGUCUUCCACUGCCUCCCUCACUUUGGUCAAACUCAUGUUGGUAGCUUCGAGAACACUGUCCAACCAUCUCGUCCUCUGUCAUCCCCUUCUCCUUGUGCCCUCAAUCUUAAAAAGAUUAAAAACACGAUAAAACAUCAAUUGUUAAAAACUUCCCUAAACAGGGCUGCCUUCAGAUGUCUUCUAAAACUCAGAUAGUUGCUUAUUUCCUAGACAUCUAAUGGGAGGGCGUUCCAGAGGGCGGGUGCCACCACUGAGAAGGCCCUCUGCCUGGUUCCCUGUAACCUUACUUCUCGCAGGAAGGGAACCGCCAGAAGACCCUCGGUUCUGGACCUCAGGCUGAACGAUGGGGCUGGAGACGCUCCUCCAGGUAUACUGGGCCUUUGAGGCUGUUUAGGGCUUUCAAGGUCAGCAGCAACACUUUGAAUUGUGCUCGGAAAUGUACAGUGGUACCUGUUAUAUACGCUGCAGGUUACAGACUCCGCUAACCCAGAAAUAUUACCUCGGGUUAAUAACUUUACUUCAGGAUGAGAACAGAAAUCACACGGUGGCAGCGGGAGGCCCCACUAGCUAAAGUGGUGCUUCAGGUUAAGAACAGUUUCAGGUCAAGAACGGACCUCCGGAACGAAUUAAGUACUUAACCUGAGGUACCACUGUACUGGGAGCCAAUGUAGGUCUUUCAGGACUGGUGGUAUAUGGUCUCGGCAGCCACUCCCAGUCACCAGUCUAGCAGCCACAUUCUGGAUUAGUUGUAAUUUCCGGGUCCCCUUCAAAGGCAGCCCCAUAUAGAGCUCAUUGCAGUAGUCCAAGCAGGCGAUAAUCAGAGCAUCUGCCUCACCCUCCCUGGUUAAGGCUAUUCUGCUAAAGGGAUCCAUGAGGAAUUGCUUCCUUCCGACGCCCAGAUGGGGGCUAGGGCCAGAGAACUCCUCCAGGGGGGAGACCCCUUAGGGAUACACCUAUUGGAUGUAAUCUCGUAGAUGAGAAAGAUCUUCUUGGAAAGAUCCUCUUGCCAAGUCUUCUGGCGAGCACAUUAAAAGAAAGAUGUUAAUUAUACUUUGAGUCUUUUCCUGUCCUGGAAUGCCCUAUCGGUCGGGUUUCAUAGGCCUUCAUCACAACUCUGCCCUCUGGAUGUUGUGCAACUCCCAUCAAUGCCAGCCGGCACCAGUUUGCGGAAGGCUCUCCUCCAGAACGGGGGCACCAUUUUGUGCAUCCCUGUCCUCCUCUGUUGUUCCCCGCCGGCUGCCCCCUGGAAACCUUUAAAACGAAUGUGUUUCCACCUACGGUUUAGCCGCAGGCGGAAAUCCACCAGGUGCAGCUGCUUCUAACAGUCCCAGGAGAAGAAACACCACCUGUUGGAUUUCUGCCCACCACACGGCUGCUUAAAGGCACGAGGCUUGCGCCACAGGGUGGGAAGGAGAGUCGUGGCGCACCCACAGCCAGGGAGGAGAAGGAGAGACGCGGGUGACACAGCGAUGGGACCUCUCGCCAGCUGCAAGCUCUCUAGGUGUAGGAGGGAGGAGAAAGGAGUCGAUAUGGAGGUGCCGCGCCCCACUUAAAAACAGGUUUGGCUUUUUCCUGCCCCGACCUGCUUGCUGGAGGCUGGGAGAGAACAUGAGGAGGUUUGGGACACAACCUGUUCCCAAUUGCCCUCCAAAGGAUGCAAGGAGCCACCUCGGCCCAGCUGCUGGGUGUGGGUCUACUCUGAGCAGGGAGUGAGCGCACUUAUCUCUCUGAUGUGGUUCUUUUGCACAAGAGCCAAAGCAAGCUUUGUCGGCAUACGUGCCGCAGUUCAACAGGUGCUGUGCGCUCUUCUCCUCACCGCCAGAGCCCACCAACCAAAUAUUAUUUUCGGAUAAUAAUCCCGUGUUUUCCUCCGGGAAGCUCAAAGUGCGACGUCUGGUUCUCUCCCUCCCCACACAACAACCCCGUGAGGUAGGCUCCUAGCUGUCAACUUUUCCCUUUUCUUGCGAGGAAUCCUAUUUGGAAUAAGGGGAAUUCCCUUUAAAAAAGGGAAAUGUUGACAGCUAUGGGUAGGCUAGUGGAGAGACGGGCAGGGACUGGGCCCAAUGUCACACCUAGUGGGCUUCAUGGCUGAGAGGGGAUUCGAACUCAGGUCCUCCAGGCCGUGGUCUGACACUCUAACCCAGUGGUGUCCAAACUUUUUUCAAAGAGGGCCAGAUUUGAUGAAGUGAAGGGCCGUGAGGGCCAUCCCAAGUUGUUAACCUUUUUUUAAGAUUGCAGUUGUUGAGAUUUCUUUAGGAUUAAGUUUAAGUUGUUGAGGGUUUUUUAGGAUUUUACCCACAGGGGCCGGAUUAAACCUACCGGCGGGCUGGAUUAGGCCCCCGAAACGGACUUUGGACAUGCCUGCUCUAACCACUACACCUCCCGGGCACUCGUGACUGUACUAUAUAUCAAACUCAGUUACAAAAACCCCUCUGAUACAAAUACUUCUAUCGUUUUUCUCCUGUGCUCCUAUCUUGAAUCCUGCCCGCAGUUUUGUUUGUUUGCAAUGCUUUUCCAAAAAGUCCCCCAUUCUUCUGUUAAAAGCUCGUUUUGAUCUCUUAAUAAUGCAUAGCCCAUUGCCUCUCAGUCCCCAAGCUUUUCGUUCGUCGCUCUGCCCAUUUUCGCCUCUGGCCCUUCCCACCACCAGUUUGUGGCCCCCGGAAGGUCUUGCUCAGAAAUAAAUGUGGCCCUCAGGGCUGGGCGGGGGGGGACGGGACCCUCGCGAGAGUAGCCAACUUUCUCGGCACGCCUUGCUCCUGUGCCUCUCGCAAGCAACUCUGAUCCGAUUUUUCUGGUGGCCGAAUAUUUGUGAAAGGCAGAGGAGCAGCCUCGCUGGCCUUUGGGAGGGUCAUUUGGCAAUGUCCUCUGUUUACACCGCAGCUGUGUUCUUUUUUGGUUAUCUGUUCCCACCUCUGCGGUCGUCUGAAAUGCAUCUUUCUGAGGCGGUGAUGGGUCAAUACCUCUCAAAAAACAGGCCCACCAAGGCUGCAGAGGUGGAGCACAUUUUGUUUAUGCUUUUCAGGCUACUUGAGGUGAAAACAGCCACCUCCUUGGCUGCUACCAGGCCUUGCUUGAUAAAGCCAGCAAUUCCUGAAAUCCUAAUAUCAACAAACAAAGGAAAUUGAGCGAGAGAAGCAGCCAGGCCUGUGGUUUUUUGUGGAGAAAUGGUCAGACAAAAAAGAAAAGACUCUGAGUUCUGGCUGCGUGCGGAGAGAUGUAUGUUUCUCGUGCCCUUCAGGUUCAGGGUACUUCUGAGCAUAAACAGAGCAGAAAAUUUCUGCAUUCAGAUAGGUGUGCGGUUGCCACCUUUCUCUCCUGGGCAGAGCUCUUGCGCUCUUAAGAAUUGGGUGGCAGGCAGAAAUUUGUCAGUGGAAGCUUCGAAACAGGCUGCACCUGGUGGAUUUCUGCCCAAAGCAAGUUAUUCAAAGAUCAACUGCUGCGGCUUAGAAAUCCUGCUUUAAAAGUAAUGAAAUAAAUUGCCUGGGUUGCUUAUUGACGAGACGGCGCUUGCAAUAAGUUGCACUUUGGCAAUAAGUAUUAGCAAAGGCAGCGUGUGGCAAGAAAUUAUUUUAUAGCUGGCCAUACGGGCUGCUUGUUAAUCGAAUCUGGCAAGGAGACCGGCAGCCCAGCGGUGCGUACGAAAGGGCAUUGCACAAAAGGGGUGUCUUGGGCCGAGUUGCACACUGGACGUAUAUUGGGAGAAAUUCGCACUGAGGACUCAGAACUCGCAAGCUGAAUUUGAGAUGAGAGAAGCGAGAGGCUGGCGUUUGCCCCUCCCUCUCUGUGGAGUGGCAGCCCUGCCGGGCUCAGUGGGGCGUCUGCCAAACCCAGGGCGAGGCACAUUCCUGUAGGUAAGGCAAGCGGGUCCUGCGUUUGAAACCUGAGAAGGCAGCUCAGCGGAGGAGGGCAGCUGCCAGGGCUGAAAGGCAAUGAUCUGGACAGUUUGCGGCGGGACAUCCUGGCUUGCUAGUGGGGCGGAACAGCACUGCUCUGAGGUUUCUGCCCUCCCUUGAAAUAGAACCAGUGCCUGAGUUUGCUUCUUUCCUCCUCCCUCCUCCCUCCCUUUUCCUUUAGUGUCGUAUCUUUUACAUUGCAAACCUGAGGUGCAAGAACUGUAAGCCCGUCUUCCUGGAGCCUUUUAGGGGGCAGGGGGUAGCUGCUGAAGAGCUACAAUUAAAAAAAAAACACCUGUAAAAUUAUUAUUUUAUUAUUAUUAAUUGAAUUUAUAUACCGCCCUAUACCCGGAGGUCUCAGGGAAAAACGUGCUUGUUCAAUCCUGGCUGUUCCUUCGCCCUCAGAGAUUCAGGGAAUGGCAGGUGGCAGGGCCUUCUCUGUGGUGGCCCCUGAGCUGUGGAACUCCCUCCCACCCAGGGCAUCCGGUGCCCUCUUUACACAUAUUUUGGAAUCAUUUUUAUUUGAGUUUACAAAUACAAAAUUAUAACAGUCCAAAUGCAUAUCCAUAUAUAGAGAUUUCUCUUAAUCUCCAGAUUCCCCACCUGUUCCGUGGGUCUUAUUAUCAACAUUUACAACUGCAAAUUAUUCCAUAAUCUAUAUUUGAUAUCAAUCCAUAUUAUCCAGGGUCUUUGUUACAUUACAAGUGAGAUUAGAAUCCUGCUAAUGUUUCCAUCUGCUUGCAGUCGUCUCCUAAAUAACUUACAAAUUUCCCCCAUUCUUUUUAAAAGUUUUUCUUCUUUUGGUUCCUGAGUUUUCCAGUCAGAUUUGCCAUUUUGGCUUAGUCCAUCAGCUUAGUUUGCCAUUCCUCUCUGGUAGAGACUCUUUCGUCUUUCCAUCUCUAGGCUAGUAACAUCCGAGCGGCUGUUGUCCCAUAAAUAAAAAGUCUUUUCUGAUCUUUUGGUAUGUUGCUACCUAUAAUUCCUAAUAAGAAAGCUUCUGGUUUUUAAACAAAGGUUAUUUUAAACAUUUUUUAAAUUUCAUUAUAUAUCCUUUCCCAGAAAGCUUUUCUUACCUCACACGUCCACCACAUAUGAUAAAAGGUACCCCUUACGCAUCUUUUUUCGGAAGCCGGACGUGCUCCGUUUUGAGUGCCACGCUUCCGUUUUGGGUGUUAGGCUGAGAUCUGUCUGUUUUUGCUAUUUGUUUUGCCUUUUUGUGGCUUUUUUGUUUUGCUCUUGUGACUGUGUGCAACCCAGUUCAGCUACUGAUGUAUUGGUUGUGUGACUGCAGCACAUUGUUUAUUGCUUUCAUUUUAUGGAUCAAUGGUCUCAUUACAUAGUGAAAUUCAUGUGAAAUUGCUGUUUUAGGGGUUGUUUUAAAAGUCUGGAACGGAUGAAUCCGUUUUGCAUUAUUUUCUGUGGGAAAGCGUGCCUUGGUUUUGGAACGCUUUGGUUUUGGAACGGACUUCCGGAACGGAUUAAGUUUGAGAACCAAGGUACCACUGUAGUUGGCGGACACAGGAAGCAGGAGGUGGAUCGCUCGGCCAACCGGUCUUGCCUUUGUUUCCCCCCGCUAAUCUCUCUCUCUUUCUCUCCCCCCGCAGGUCCAUCACCACAGACCUCAAAGGGGACGUACAUUCUGGUUCCAGUGGGCAAGGCUAUGGACGGAGGGCUCUGGUCAGCAGAGGUGACCGACACAGGCACAAACACCAUAUCCCUGCGGGUCAACACCUCGCCCAACGCCGUGAUCGGAAAGUACCAGUUUGGGGUCAAGACGCGGACCAAGGCGGGCGAGUACCAGAUGCCCUUUGACCCCCGCUACGAUAUUUACAUCCUCUUCAAUCCCUGGUGCAAACGUAAGUUGGCCGGCUUUCUUUUUUCUCUCUCCCUCUUUAUGUGCAUGUGUCAGUAGAGCACGAGGCUCCUAAUCUUAGGGUUGUGGGUUCGAGACGCAUGUUGAGCCAAAGAUUCCUGCAUCGCAGGGGGUUGAGCUAGAUGACCUUUGGGUUCUCUUCCAUCUCUAUGAUUCUAUGAAGCUGCAGCGGUUUCUAAUAGCCAGUAGUUGGAAGUGUGCGCUGUCUCUGACAGGGGAGGCAGAACAUAGCCAUUGGGGUCAGCGGCAUCAAUUUAUUAGAAAAAUUUCAUUUAUGAAUAGAUAGAGUGAGGAAAAGAAAGAAAGAAAAAAGUGAGAGAGAAUAGGGGGGGGGAGAAAAAAAUACUGUUACAUUACCAUAUAUUAAUAUAAGGUAAAGGUAAAGGGACCCCUGACCAUUAGGUCCAGUCGUGACCGUCUCUGGGGUUGCAGCACUCAUCUUGCUUUAUUGGCCGAGGGAGCCGGUGUACAGCUUCCGGGUCAUGUGGCCAGCAUGACUAAGCCGCUUCUGGCGAACCAGAGCGGCGCACAGAAAUGCCGUUUACCUUCCCGCCGGAGCGGUACCUAUUUAUCUACUUGCACUUUGACGUGCUUUCGAACUGCUAGGUUGGCAGGAGCAGGGACCGAGCAACGGGAGCUCACCCCGUCGCGGGGAUUCGAACCACCGACCUUCUGAUCAGCAAGCCCAAGAGGCUCAGUGCUUUAACCCACAGCGCCACCUGCGUCCCAAUAUAUUAAUAUACAGAUGUGUAUAUUACUGCCUUACUGUCCCAACACACAUAUGAGCUAAUAUAUGCUGUGUAAACUCAUUCCGAAUAUCAGUGUCUUUAUCUGUGCAGAUAAACAUAUUCAAAGUCAACAAAAGAAGUUUACUUACAUCAGUUCACAGUUGGAUUCCUGAAGGCACUUAGUUACCAAUAUGUACCUGCAGAUCUACCCCAUAUGGGGGAAUAAUCCCAGUGCUUCUGCUAUGUGAGAGCUAGCAGAGCAGUCCUAGCUAGAAGCUUGUCAAACGCAGAAAGAAGAACAGUGGUACCUCGGGUUAAGUACUUAAUUCGUUCCGGAGGUCCGUUCUUAACCUGAAACUGUUCUUAACCUGAAGCACCACUUUCCUGACAUCUCCAGGUACAACUGCGGAACUAAUAAAAUAAUAAUAUUAAUAAUAAUAAUAAUGAGUUAUUUAUACCCCCUCCAUCUGGCUGGCUUUCCCCACUCUGGGCAGCUCCCAGCAGAAUACAGUGGUACCUCUGGUUACGUACUUAAUUUGUUCCGGAGGUCCGUUCUUAACCUGAAACUGUUCUUAACCUGAAGCACCACUCUAGCUAAUGGGGCCUCCUGCUGCUGCCGUGCCGCUGGAGCCCGAUUUCUGUUCUUAUCCUGAAGCAAAGUUCUUAACCCGAGGUACUAUUUCUGGGUUUGCGGAGUCUGUAACCUGAAGCGUAUGUAACCUGAGGUACCACUGUAAAAAAAAAAAAGAGGGAGGUGUGCUGAGUGACUCGUUCUUUGGUUACCUGGACAGGUUAGGCCACGCCCACCUUCUAUCACAUGCAAAGGGAAGGAUGCUCCAGCCAGGAGGAACAGGAACAUUCCCUGGACCAAACAUUCCCUCGCAUGUCUUCUCUAGCAUUUCAAGGAAUGUUGUACUUGACUGACUCCCAUGGAUCACAUCCCACAUUUCAGGCCAGAGCCUUUCCCCGAUUUUACGCGAGGGUCUCGUUUUCCCUAGCCUCCUCGCUGCUGGAAGGGUCUGGCCAGCAAAAGCUUGUCCGGAUGCCAAGAACCAUGGGGAAACGGUCUUAUCUCUGUCUCACGCACACACCCUGCACGAAAAAUGGGAAUGAUCUGCGGGUGGGAGGGGUGGAGAAAGGAAACCUUUUAUCUCCAAUGGAAUAUGUUGAAUUAAGCACCAAAGAAAAUAAAUCUCUUGGCUCCGCAUUAUACAAAGGCCAGCCGAGCAGAACAUUCAGGCAGUGUCAGGAUAAGGGGUGCAAAAUAACAAAAGGCACUCUGCGCAUGCCCCUGGGACGCGUUCCAGAAUAUCAGGCGCUCUUCAGGGGCGGUCAGCUCCCUUUCCCUCAAAAGGGAAGAGUCGGGGAGGUUAAGUUGAGCUCAUGAGAAGCAGAACUCCAUUGCACUCGGAGGCAGAGGUGGGUUUGGAAAACCCCAAGCAAAGGGUGCCUCUGAGCAUACAUAGAGCACCCAUUUUCCUUCCCACUGAAAAAAUGAUUGCAAAACACACAUACACCCCAAAAAAAGAGUGACAUAUGUCAUAUAAAAGCAUAAAAACAAUAUAACUUUAAAAACAUCAACAAGACCCGCUCGGAUGCUACUAGCCUAGAGAUGGAAAGAAGAAAGAGUCGCUACCAGAGAAAAAUGGAAAACUAAACUGAUGGAUUACGCCGAAACGACAAAGCUGAUCGGAAAGCUCAGGAACCAAAAGGACAAAAACUUUAAGAAAGAAUGGGAAAGAUUCAUAAUUUAUUUAGGGGAUCGCUAAGCAGAUGAAAACAUUAGCAGGAUUUUAAUCACACUUGUAACGUAAUAAAUACGAUGGACAAUAUGGAUAGAUAUAAACAGUGUUUUUUUCUGGGGGGAAGCAGGGAUAUGUAUACCCCUAAACAUUUUGUGAACUUUUGUACUUUUUUCCAUUUACUGUAUUUAUUUUUCCCAAUUUGAACUAUAAAAUGGUGAUUUUCUUGAGUCAAAAUGAGAGUACCCCCUCAACAUUUUUUUAAAUAAAAAAAGCACUGGAUAUAAAAUAUAGAUUAUGAUAUACAAUUGAAAACGUUGACAUUAGGACGCCUGGAGAGGGGAUGGAGGGGGGAGUCGUGAGAUUCAGAGAAAUCUCUAUCUAUGGAAAUGUAUUUGGUUUUGUUACAAAUUUGUAUUUGAAAAAUCGGAUAGAAAAGAUAAUUUAAAAAAUCAACAAGAAAACACAAUUAAGAUGAUAGGGAGUCAAAAUAUCCUCCUCCCGUUGGUGAUUUUUCCACUCACGUUUGGUGGUCUCUGUCCUCCUUUAAAAGACCUGUAAUUUUGAAGCUCCUGAAUUUGCCCUAAACUUCCCCUCUUCCAUUUUUCCCCAUUCAGAGGAUCCUGUUUACCUGGACCAGACCGGUUGGCUGGACGAGUAUGUGCUGAACGAAUCGGGGAGGAUCUACUAUGGGACCGAAACCCAGAUUGGGGAACGCACGUGGAAUUACGCCCAGGUAGGAUGCGGUGGUGCUGUGGGUUAAAGCACUGAGCCUCUUGGGCUUGCCGAUCAGAAGGUCGGCGGUUCGAAUCCCCGCGACGGGGUGAGCUCCCGUUGCUUGGUCCCUGCUCCUGCCCACCUAGCAGUUUGAAAGCACAUCAAAGUGCAAGUAGAUAAAGAGGUACCACUCUGGCAGGAAGGUAAACAGCGUUUCCGUGCGCUGCUCUGGUUCGCCAGAAGCGGCUUAGUCAUGCUGGCCACAUGACCUGUACGCUGGCUCCCUCGGCAAAUAAAGCGAGAUGAGCGCCGCAACCCCAGAGUCGGCCACGACUGGACCUAAUGGUCACGGGUCCCCCUUUACCUUUACCCUUUAGGAUGCAAAGUGGUCUAAGGUCUCAGGGUGUUCAGUAUUGUUUACAUCAGCCCUCAGAGAUGAGGCUGCCCGCCACUACCAGUACCCCUGUACAAGGUGAGAGGGGCCACAGGUUCAUCGAACCUGCUUCUGGCUUCUCCUAAACUUCCUUAAAAACUCUCGAAUCGCGAUUCAAGGCGACCUUAACAGAGUGGAGAACUGGGCCAAAACUAACACAAUGGAUUUCAAUGGGGACAAAUCUCAGGUUCUGCACUUAGGCAGGAAGAACCGUCAAAUAGAAGAUGGGGGACACCUGGCUUGGCCAUGUGAAAAGGAUCCAGGGGUCUUGGUGGACCACAAACUGAUCGUGAGCCAACAGUGUGGUGCAGCAGCAAAAAAGGCUAAUGCUAUUCUAGGCUGCAUCAACAGAAGCAUAGCGCCCAGGUCAAGGGAAGUGAUAAUAUUGCUGUGUUGUGACUUGGUCAGUCCUGCGUCCAGUUCUGAGCGCCACAGUUUAAAAGGGAUGUUGACAAGGUGGGACAUUUGCAGAGGAGGGCGACCGAGAUGAUCGAGGGUCUGGAAACCAAGGCUUAUGGGGAAUGGAUGAGGGACUUGGGUGUGUUUAGCUCAGAGAAGGGGUGAAACUGAGAAGAGAUACAAUUGCCAUCUUCAAAUAUCUCAAGGACUGUUACACAGAAGAUGGAGCAAGCUUGUUUUGUAGGACCCGUGCCAAUGGGUUCAAGUCACCAAAAACGAGAUUCUGACUAAAGUUGUGGGUUUUCCUUCCUUGGAGGUUUUUAAGCAGAGGUUGGAUGGCCAUCUGUCAGGGAUAAUUUAGUUGAGAUUCCUGCCUCGCAGGGGGUUGGACUAGAUGACCGUUGGGGGUCCCUUGCAACUCUAUGAUUCUAUGAAUUUUCUUCCUCUUUAGAAUCAUUAGCACAUUACACCCCAGACUGUCAGACACCCAUUCGGAGUGUUUAGCAGUGCCAACUAUGUUUUUUUAUAUAAAAAAUAAAAAUAAUAAUUUAAAAGUAUGAAAAAACUGACAUUUUCCAGUUAUGAAUGUGUUGGGGAUACACCCUGAGAAGCAUGAAAUGAAAGGAAAUAUGGAUAAAUGCUCCACAAGCAAAUUGGGAGGUGUGAAGGAUAAAUGCUCAUAUAACCUCCCUGUGUGGGUUAAACCACAGAGCCUAGGGCUUGCCGAUUAGAAGGUUGGCGGUUCGAAUCCCUGCGAUGGGGUGAGCUCCCGUUGCUCAGUCCCCGCUCCUGCCAACCUAGCAGUUCGAAAACACGUCAAAGUGCAAGUAGAUAAAUAGGUACCACUCCAGCGGGAAGGUAAACGGCGUUUCCAUGCGCUGCUCUGGUUCGCCAGAAGCGGCUUAGUCAUGCUGGCCACAUGACCCGGAAGCUGUACGCCGGCUCCCUCGGCCAGUAAAGCAAGAUGAGCGCCGCAACCCCAGAGACGGUCACGACUGGACCUAACUGUCAGGGGUCCCUUUACCUUUAAGCAAAUCAGAACAAAUCAGAACAAACGCUCAAUAAAGGCCAGAUAAAAUCUAACCCCCAUGUUAGCUCUGGGCAAGCAAAUUAGGACGAUGGCCUAUUAUAGGCCUUCUAGAGGAGAACCAAAGGUCUCUCUGACGUCUUUCGAAUAUAACAGAGCAGCACUGAAGCGCCUUGUGAGGUUAUUCUGGUUAUCUGCCAGUAGGAGGCACUGUUGCUUGCAUCGUGGUGCUUUGCAGUUUUGCUUCUGCGGGAGCUCUUGACGGUGUCUUUAGGUACCCAGCGCAGUUUGGUGUGUGCAUGUGAGAGAUCUUUGAUUGUGCCCCCUUCUCCUCUCCCCCCACAGUUUGACCAGGGUAUCUUAGAUGCCUGCCUCUACGUCCUGGACCGUCGUGGGAUGCCGCACGCGAGUCGUGGAGACCCCAUCAUGGUUUCGCGGGUCGUCUCUGCCAUGGUGAGCCCUCGGGACGGUUUCGGCUUCUUGCCUGACAAAACUUGCUUACGCAUUUCCUUUUUAAAAAAAAAAUGUCUUCUGACUUUCUGUCUUCAACUUGUACCCAUCUAUUCAGAAAGCUUGUAGCACCUGCCUUUCUGCAUGGAGAAAGUCCGUUUGUUUAUUGCAUUCAUAUCAUACCUUCAUCUCCAUGGAGCUAGAGCAUGGGUAGGCAAACUAAGGCCCGGGGGCCGGAUCCGGCCCAAUCGCCUUCUCAAUCCGGCUUGCAGACGGUCUGGGAAUCUGCAUGUUUUUACAUGAGUAGUAUGUGUCCUUUUAUUUAAAAUGCAUCUCUGGGUUAUUUGUGGGGCAUAGGAGUUCGUUCAUUUUCCCCCAAAAAAUAUAGUCCAUCCCCCCACAAGGUCUGAGGGACAGUGGAUCAGCCCCGCUGAAAAAGUUUGCCGACCCCUGAACUAGAGGGUAGUUCUCCACAUCUCGUCAUUUUAUUCCUACAACAAUCCUGCGAGGGAGGUUAGCCUGAGAGGCAGGAACAAGUUCACCCUGCGAGCUUCAUGGUUGGGUGGGGAUUCGAACCCUAGUCUCCCAGGUCCAAGUCUAACCACUAUGACACCGCAGGCUACCUGGUAGAUUUCUAUUUUGGGAUCCCUAAUAUGCUUCCUGCCUUUGGCCAGUAUACCCAAAGGAGCGUCUCCACCCCCAUCGUUCAGACCAGACACUGAGGUCCAGCUCUGAGGGUCUUCUGGCAGUUUCCUUGCUGCAAGAAGUCAGGUUACAGGGAACCAGACAGAGGGCCUUCUUGGUGGUGGCACCCUCCCUGUGGAACACCCUCCCUUCAGAUGUGAAGGAAAUAAGCAACUAUUGGACUUUUAGAAGACAUCUGAAGGCAGCCCUGUUCAGGGAAGUUUUUAAUGUUUGAUUUUACAGUGGUACCCAGUUUAUGAACUAUUCCGUUUACGGACUCCGCAAAACCGGAAGUAGUGUCCCGGUUUGCAAACUUUAUCUCGGUCUAAGAACGGAAGCUGAACGGUGGAAGGGCACCGACGGCGGGAGGCCUCAUUAGGGAAAACGUGCCUCAGUUUAAGAAUGGUUUCAGUUUAAGAACGGACUUCUGGAAUGGAUUAAGUUAGUAAACUCAGGUAUCACUGCACAAUUAUAAAAGGGGGGAAAGGAAGACAUCUGAAGGCAGCCCUGGACAGGGAAGUUUUUAAUGUUUGAUGUUUUAUCGUGUUUUUAAUAUUUUGUUGGGAGACUCCCAGAGUGUCUGGGGAUACCCAGCCAGAUGGGCGGAGUAUAAGUAAUAAGUUGUUGUUGUUGUUGUUUGUUGUUGUUAUUAAUACCCCGCCCAUCUGGCUGGUCUUCCGCAGCCACUCUGGGCGGCUUCCAACAAAAUAUUAAAAUACAGUAAUGCAUCAAACAUUAAAAGCUUCCCUAAAGAGGGCUGCCUUCAGAUGUCUUCUAAAAGUCUGGUAGUUGUUCUCUUUGACAUCUGGUGGGAGGGCGUUCCACAGGGUGGGUGCCACCACCGAGAAGGCCCUCUGUCUGGUUCCCUGUAACCUCACUUCUCGCAGGGAGGAAACCGCCAGAAGGCCCUCGGCGCUGGACCUCAGUGUCCGGGCUGAACGAUGGGGGUGGAGACGCUCCUUCAGAUAUACUGGACCGAGUAUAUCUAGUAAUAGUAUUCCUAUUGCCUACACACUUCGGAUCCAUAUUUCUAUGGCACCGCCAAGUGGAUUAAGCGCCGUGGAACUUCUUAAUCUUAGCACACCUUUCUCAUUGUAGAAAUGAACCGUUAGAGGUGCUGCCAUAAAAGUAGCGUACUCGCAAAGCUAAGCUGGAACCUGUACGGGGAACAGUGAGCUGAGAUUCCCGCAUUGCAGAGGGUUGGACUAGAGGACCCCCGGGUCCCUUCCGACCUGACAAUUCUAUGAUUCUACUAAAGGCGAAGCAAUGAAACCUUGUGACCCUCCGGGGCUGACACGGCACUUGCUAACCAUGCUGAUUCUCCCUGCCCCCCCCUCAGGUAAACUCUCUGGACGACAACGGCGUGCUGGUCGGGAACUGGACAGGCGAUUACUCGCGCGGCACCAACCCCUCGGCCUGGGUGGGCAGCCGGGAUAUCUUGCUGAAGUACCACAAGACAGGCUACCCAGUUCUCUACGGGCAGUGUUGGGUGUUUGCCGGAGUCGUGACCACAGGUAGCUACCGCCCGUGGGGAGACGGGACGAGAGUGGACUCUGGGGAAGGGAGGGGAAGGGCAUGGACAGAAGGAGGGCCUUGCAGGAUCGGGUCCAUGUGGUCCAGCACCCUGGUCCUCAAAGGGGCCGACCAACAUCACAUCCUCAGUUGUUUAUAAGGAUGGGAAAUCUGUUGUCAUCAUUCCUUCACCCUCCCUCCAUGUUUUUAACUCUCCAUUGUCAUCUCCAAGAGGCAUAGGAAGGGGGGGCAGGGGGCAAUUCACCCUGGUUGCCAUCAUGGAGGGGGGUGACAAAUUAUCAAGGAACAAUUACUGCCCUACUAGGGCGGUUCAUAAAAAACUUUUUUUAAAAAAAAUGCCUGCUCCAAAGGUCUUAUCUUACUACACUAGGGAUUAUAUAGCUAUAUAUGAAAUUUCAUGCAUAUCACUUCAUAUCUUGACCCUCCACGAAAAUGGCUGCUUACCUGGCCGUUUUCCUAUGUCGCGAAGGCUAAAAUUUCAAUUCAGUGGAGCACUUAGUGUUCCCAACCCUAACCCUGUGGAAAGCCAUCUAAUUAGACUUUAAAUUAGAUUUUUACAUGUUUUUAGGAGGUAAUUUAAUUAUUGUUUGAUUUUAUAUCAAUGUUAUGUAUCUGACAUUAGCCACCCUGAGCCCGACUUCGGCUGGGGAGGGCGGGAAAUAAAUAAAAGUUGUUAUUAUUAUUAUUAUUUAUCUCUUCCCAUUCCUCUUCCUCCUCCUUGUCCCUCCAGUCCUCCGGUGUCUGGGCAUUCCAACACGGACCGUCACCAACUACAACUCGGCGCACGAUACAGACGUCAGCCUCACCAUGGACAUAUACUUUGAUGAGAACAUGAAGCCGCUGGAGAACCUCAAUGCUGACUCUGUUUGGUAAGUACGGCGACCCUGCUGCCUCCAUCUUGGGUUCCUGCGUUCAGGAGGAAGGGCGAACCCAGGACGGCCGCCACCCAAGUACCCCGCUUUUUUAAAGAGAAACUUUUUAUUUAAUGUAGUUUUCUGUGAAUAAGACUAGGUUUUUUUCUUUAAAAACUAUGCUAAAAAGUGGUGUUCGUCUUAUACAUGGAGAGUGCAUACGGCGGACAUUUGAUUGGUUACUGCCGCGGCUGUCAGCGGCUAUUGGGCGUGUUAUUGGCUGCUGCGUCAAGGGCUGGUGUUGAUUGGCGAUUUUCAGCACUCCCCCCUUAAAAAAAAGUUCAACAGCCCUGUGCAAUCCCCCCCCCAUAAAAAGCUCAACAACUCUUGGCAAUCCUCAUCCCAAAAAGCUCAACAACUCUGAGCCAUCUCCCCCCAUUUUCUUAAAUUUGAGUCCCUCAAAAUAGGGGGCGUCUUAUACAUGGGUGUGUCUUAUACAUGGAAAAGUACGGUACACUUUUCAAGUUUACGCAUUUCAUUAGCUUUACAAUCAAACAUUUCCCCACUUUCUGUGGUUCUUUAAACUUAUUUUACAAUACCUUCUGCAUAUCCAAAUUCAUUUAGUUUGUUCAUUUAAUUAUCAACUUUAAAUAUAUACUCUUAUGUAAUAACUGCAGGUUAUUACAAUAACCCUGCCAAUGUUUUUUAUCUGUUUGCAAUUUAUCUAUAAACGUUCAAUAAACCAUUUCCAUUAUUUUACUGGGGAAAAAAGUUUAUCUUCAUUUCUUCUUCAUCUUCGCCAUUUCUGCAUAUUCCCUAAGUUUUUGUCUCCAUUCUUCCUUUGCUGGGACUUCUGCUUCUUUCUACUUCCAAGUACCCCAUUUUAAUUCUUUUUCACCCCUGUCUGGAUGCAGGAAUUUCCACGUCUGGAACGACUGCUGGAUGAAACGUCCUGAUUUGCCUUCAGGGUUUGAUGGGUGGCAGGUUGUCGAUGCGACGCCCCAGGAAUCCAGCAGCGGUGAGUCAAGGAAGGAUUCCUGCACACACAAAAAGACUCUGAUGUCCUCCAGCUGUUUUGGACUCCAACUCCCAUCAGCCCCAACUGGCAUGCUUUACUGCACUGGCACACCAGCGCUGCAGGUGGCUGGAGGCCGGUACUGCAGCCAUCCGGCCAGCAGGGGUCAGGUGACUUUGUGAGCCAAUCAGACUCUGCUUGGCCCCAUAAAAGGUGCUUGAAUCACUGGGGGAAACUCCUGAGUUCGAGUAUUGAGGAAGAAUCCCUGGUUAGGAGAACAAUUUGCUUCAUGGUUUCAUUUUUAAGCAACACCUGCCAUGGUAUGGACGCCAGUUCAAAUCGUGCCGCAAGGAGUUCCGCAGAUUAACGCUGGAAGCCAUUGUCUGUUCUGGAAAGGGGACGGGGAGUUUGGCACGGCGCUCCGUCUCAUCUCUUCCCUGCUUUCCUCAACAGGCAUUUUCUGCUGCGGUCCCUGCUCUGUAGAGGCCAUCAAGAACGGGCUGGUCUACAUGAAAUACGAUGCCUCCUUCUGCUUUGCUGAGGUACUUGUUUCUGAAUGAUUUUGCAUGUGCGAAUGCUACUGAGAGAUCCCCUGGUCAUGUCACCACAUCUCUGAUUAAGGCUGGAACCUUCAGCACCAGGGAGAGCUCCCCAGGAAUGCAGACGUCAAUUCAAUCACUAAUAAUAAUAAUAAUAUAUUAUUUAUACCCCGCCCAUCUGGCUGGGCUUCCCCAGCCACUCUGGGCGGCUUCCAACAAAAUAUUAAAAUACAGUAAUGCAUCAAACAUUAAAAGCUUCCGUAAACAGGGCUGCCUUCAGUUGUCUUCUAAAAGUCUGAUAGUUGUUGUUCUCUUUGACAUCUGAUGGGAGGGUGUUCCAGAGGGUGGGUGCCACCACUGGGAAGGCCCUCUGCCUGGUUCCCUGUAGCUUUGCUUCUCGCAGUGAGGGAACCCCCAGAAGGCCCUUGGAGCUGGACCUCAGUGUCCGGGCAGAACAAUGGGGGUGGAGACACUCCAACAUACAGUUGCAAUCAGAAUUAUUCCACCCCCCAUUGCAGAUCAGGUUUAUUCUUAAAAAAUUGCUGAUUUUCAACUGUUUGCAAGGAGCAAUCCAACAAAACAAAUGGCAAUAGCUCCACACAACAGAUGUGUCAGGUGGUUCUACCAAAUUCAGCUGAAAAUGCAACUUAUAGCGAGACUGGAGAAGCCAGGAUAAGUUUUCAGCUGAAUCUCACCUGAUUUGCAACAGAGUGGAAUAAUUUCAGUUACAGCUGUGGAUAAACAAAAGGUUAGAGCAACCUUCCCCAACUUGUGCCCUCCAGAUUUUGCUGGACUCCAGCUCCCAUCAGCCCCAGCUAACAAAGGCUGAAGGUGAUGAAAGGUUUCAACAGCAUCCGAAGGAUGCCGGAUUGAGGAAAAAUGCUCAGAGACACAAUCAUAAUAAUCCUUCUCAUCACUAAACUGGUUUUCUGCUAUAGCGUCCAGUGAAAUUGAAAUAUCCAUCUAUCCAUCUAUCUGUCUAUCUAUCUAUCUAUCUAUCUAUCUAUCUAUCUAUCGACAUAGAUAGACAUAGAUAUACAAGGUCUUUGCCACAGAAAUGGGGAUGAAUACCAUAUAUUUCUCUCUUCAAAGUUUACCGUAGCAAUUUUGAGUUGGCAACACUUUGCUGUGGAUUGCCGGCCUGUUGAACUUGUUGUGACUUGACAUCUGGGUAAAACUUCUCUAGGGAUCGUGUAGGUAAAGAGGAGAAGAAAUAAUAAUAAUAAUAAUAAUAAUAAUAAUAAUAAUAAUAAUAAUAUUUUUAUUAUUUAUACCUCACCCAUCUGGCUGGGCCUCCGCAGCCAUGCUAGGCAGCUCCCAACAGAAUAUUAUAAACACGAUAAAACAUCAAACAUUAUAAACUUCCCUAAACAGGGCUGCCCUCAGAUAUCUUCUAAAAGUCAGAUAGUUGCUUAUUUCCUUGACAUCUGACAGGAGGGCGUUCCACAGGGCGGGUGCCACCACUGAGAAGGCCCUCUGCCUGGUUCAUUAAGCAAGCUUCAGUUUUGGGGCAAGUUUAGCUCAGUUGGUAGAGCAUGAGGCUGUGACCCUCAGGGGUUCGAGCCCCAUGUUCAGCGACAGAUUCCUCCAUUGCGGGGGGUUGGACAAGAUGACCCUCGUGGUCCCUUCCAACCCUACAAUUAUGUGAAAUGACAAGGGGCAGAGAGAUGCCCCUCUUCCCCCAAACAGAACCAUGGGCAAACACAGUUGUUGGCUUUUACGACGGCGGGCCUGCUGAUGGGUUUCUCUGACCUACUUUCUCUCUCUCUCCGCAGGUGAACAGCGACAAGGUGUAUUGGCAGCGCCAGUCUGACGGCAGCUUCAAGAUCGUCUACGUGGAGGAGAAGGCAAUCGGUCACUUAAUCAGUACCAAGGCAGUGGGCUCAAAUCAGCGCCACGAUGUCACCGACAUUUACAAACAUCCUGAAGGUAAUGUGCUGUGUGGACAAGGGGGCAGACAGCUGGGAUUCCUGAGGCAGGACACACACAAAUAAUUAAGAAUAAGAAUAAGAAUAAUACAGUGGUACCUCAGGUUAAGUACUUAAUUCGUUCCGGAGGUUCGUUCUUAACCUGAAACUGUUCUUAACCUGAAGCACCACUUGGGGGCCUCCUGCUGCCGCCGUGCGAUUUCUGUUCUCAUCCUGAAGCAAAGUUCUUAACCCGAGGUACUCUUUCUGGGUUAGCGGAGUCUGUAACCUCAAGUGUAUGUAACCCGAGGUACCACUGUAAUAAUAAUAAUAAUAAUAAAUUUAUUUAUUUAUACUCUGCCAAUCUGCCUGGGGUUUCCCCAGUCACUCUGGGCGGCUCCCAACAGAAUAUCAAAAACACCGUAAAACAUCAAACAUUAAAAACUUCCCUGAACAGGGCUGCCUUCAGAUGUCUUCUAAAAGUCAGAUAGUUCUGUAUUUCCUUGACAUCUGAUGGGAAUAAAAUCAAGAUAUAAAACCACAAAAUACCUAAUAAAAAUAAAAACAAGAACCCAAUAGCGCCCCCCCCCUCACAGAAAAAAAAACACAUUUUAAAAGGGCAUAGGAUGUAAAUCGGAUCAACCAAAGGCCUGGUUAGAAAGGAACGUUUUUGCUAUAAAAUAUGCAGGGAUUUGUGUUUUGCAAAACGAACCGUGGAAAGAGAAAAAUGGAAGCCGUUGGUAUUUUAAGGUUGCUUGAAUGAAUACAGUGGUACCUCGGGUUAAGUACUUAACUCGUUCCGGAGGUCCGUUCUUAACCUGAAACUGUUCUUAACCUGAAGCACCACUUUAGCUAAUGGGGCCUCCUGCCGCCGGAGCACGAUUUCUGUUCUCAUCCUGAAGCAAAGUUCUUAACCCGAGGUACUAUUUCUGGGUUAGCGGAGUCUGUAACCUGAAGCCUAUGUAACCCGAGGUACCACUGUAUUUAAAAAUGGAAAAUGGAAAAUGGAAAAUUAAAUUAAAAUUAGGGGGGGGUAAAUAAAAAGCACCAUUCCAGGCGGUUUGGAAUGAACCCGUCUUCGCUCUGGACCUUCACCUGCCCCUUGACUGCAGUAGCAGCUGAGCAUCUCUCUGCAUCCUUCUCCCUCUUUUUCUCUCUCAGGCUCCGAAGCAGAGCGCAAAGCGGUCGAAACGGCCGCCAAGCACGGCACCAAGGCCCACAUCUACACCAACAAGGAGUGGGGUGACGACAUCUCCGUGACGGUGGACACCCAAGAGGCCUACACGGGCCAAGACAUCUCCCUGAGGGUCAUCCUGAAGAACCGCAGCUCCAUGCCUCGCAGCGUCUCCCUCAACCUCUUUGUGGCCGUCAUGUAUUACACCGGCGUAACGGGCAGCAACUUCAAGCAGGAGAAGAGGGAGGUCCAGGUGCCGGCCAGCGGAAGUACGACACCUUAUUUAUUUGUUGUUUUUUCAAAUUUGUAUACCACCUUCUUCCAAGGAUCUCAGGACUUCUCCUCCUUUUCACCCUCACGACAGGCCUACGAGGUAGGCCAGGCUAAGAGGCUGGCCCAAGGUCACCAAGGGAACUUUAUUAUUAUUAUUAUUAUUAUUAUUAUUAUUAUUAUUAUUAUUAUUUAUUGAAUUUAUAUGCCGCCCUUAUACCUGGAGGUCUCAUGGCGGUUCACAGAAAAGAUCACAAUAUAUAAAUUCAAAAUAAGAUCAAUAACCCAGUAAGGUAAAGGUAAAGGGACCCCUGACCAUUAGGUCCAGUCGUGGCCGACUCUGGGGUUGUGGCGCUCAUCUCGCUUUAUUGGCCGAGGGAGCCGGCGUACAGCUUCCAGGUCAUGUGGCCAGCAGGACUAAGCCGCUUCUGGCGAACCAGAGCAGCGCACGGAAACGCUGUUUACCUUCCCGCUGGAGUGGUACCUAUUUAUCUGCUUGCACUUUGACUGCUGGCAGGAGCAGGGACCAAGCAACAGGAGCUCACCCCGUCGCGGGGAUUUGAACCGCUGACCUUCUGAUCGGCAAGUCCUAGGCUCUGUGGUUUAGACCACAGUGCCACCCGCGAUAACCCAGUAACACCCCCUCAGAAAGAGCCACAUUUUAAAAGGGUAUAGGUUGAUGUCCAUCAGGUCAACCAAAGGCCUGGUCAAAAAGGAAUGUUUGUGCCUGGCACCUAAUAGUGUAUAAUGAAGGCGCCAGGCGAACUUACCUGGAGAGAGCAUUCUACAGACAGGGAGCCACCGCAGAAAAGGCCCUGUUCUUGUGUUGCUACCCUCCAGACCUCUCAAGGAGGAGACACACGAGAAGGGCCUCAGAAGAUGAUCUCAGAUCCUGGGUAGGUUCAUAUGGAAAGAGGUAUUGUGCCCUUGAGAUAUUGUGGUACUGAGCUUCAUGGCUAAAUGGGGAUUUGAUCCCGGCUCUCUCCCAGGUCCUGGUCCAAAACUCAAACUGCUACACCACACUGGCUCUUGGUCACCUUAAAUCAUGGGCCAUGUAUCUGCUUGGGCCUCCUGCGUCACGUCAAACAACCCCAUUGCGAGGGGCCUCCCCGUAGCAGGGAAAUAGUCAAUGGACAUGGCAAAAUGGGUAGAGGCAGGACACUCUGGUGCGCUGGGGGGGGCAUGGAGGAAAUCCACAGCGCGUGGUGCGUUCUCUCUAAGUCAGUGGCUCUCGAAGGAGAGGAUGGCAAGUGUGGCUGGAAGAGUCGAGGGCAACGAAAGAAACAUUUAAACAUUUCAGUGUAGUGCAGUAGUUUCGACAGAAGUUUUAUGAUUUGCAGAAUACGGAUAUUCUACGCUAAAAGCCCUGCUCUGAGUUAUAAUCAUCACCAUCAUUUGUUAUUUAUACCCCUCCCAUCUGGCUGGGUUUCCCCAGCCACUUUGGGCGGCUCCCAACAGAAUAUUAAAAGCAUGAUAAAACAUCAAACAUUAAAAUUUUUCCUAAAUAGGGCUGCCUUCAGAUGUCUUCUAAAAGUCAGAUAGUUGCUUAUUUCCUUGACAUCUGGUGGGAGGGCGUUCCACAGGGUGGGUGCCACUACCGAGAAGGCCCUCUGCCUGGUUCCCUGUAACCUCACUUCUCGCAGGGAGGGAACCGCCAGAAGACCCUCGGAGCUGGACCUCAGUGUCCAGACUGAACGAUGGGGGUGGAGAUGCUCCUUCGGGUAUACAGGGCCAUUUAGGGCUUUCAAGGUCAGCACCAACACUUUGAAUUGCGCUCGGAAACGUACUGGGAGCCAAUGUAGGUCUUUCAAGACCGGUGUUAUGUGGUCUUGGCGGCCGCUCCCAGUCACCAGUCUAGCUGCCGCAUUCUGGAUUAGUUGCAGUUUCCGGGUCACCUUCAAAGGUAGCCCCACGUAGAGCGCAUUGCAGUAGUCCAAGCGGGAGAUAACCAGAGCAUGCACCACUCUGGCGAGACAGUCUGCAGGCAGGUAGGGUCUCAUCCUGCGUACCAGAUGGAGCUGGUAGACAGCUGCCCUGGACACAGAAUUGACCUGCCCCUCCAUGGACAGCGGUGAGUCCAAAAUGACUCCCAGGCUGCACACCUGGUCCUUCAGGGGCACAGUUACCCCAUUCAGGACAAGGAAGUCCCCAUAUCUGCCUGCCCCCUGUCCCCCCAAAACAGUACUUCUCUCUUGUCAGGAUUCAACCUCAAUCUGUUAACCGCCAUCCAUCCUCUAACUGCCUCCAGACACUCAGGGUUACUGCAGAGCGGGUUUCAGCGAUCUUUGGAAGUUGCCGAAGACUCUUCCGCAGACUGUGGCAAUCAACUGAGUGUUUAAGGGAUAAAGUAAAUAAAUACUAAAGCAGUCCGUCUCUCAGGGAACCUGGUCCCGAGCUGCGUAGAGCCACAGGUUGUGCGUAGAGCUGGUUGUGAUUUUCGGUCCCAGUUUGCGUAACCCUUCCCCUGCCUUUCCCUUCCAGGCCAGGCUGUUCCCAUGGUGGUCUCCUACGCAGAGUACAAGCCCCACUUGGUUGACCAGGGAGCCAUGAAGCUGAGCAUCUCGGGGAAAGUGGCCGAAACCGGCCAGGUGAUCGCGAAGGAGCACACCUUCCGUCUGCGGACGCCGGACCUCACCCUGACGGUAUGGCGCAGGGGCUGUGGUUUAGAGUCAGGGGUGGGGGAACUCUUUGGGGUGAGGGGGGGCUUGAGGGCCACUUUCUCUUCUGGGCAGCCUUUGGAGGGCCAGUUGCCAUGGUGGGCGGGGCCAGAGACCAAAGUGGGUGGAGCCAUGGAUGUAAACAUUGCCUUUGUGUGUAAUUACCUCGCUGUCCUCCGUGUAGACAAGCCAAAGGGAAUUUGAGGGGUUUGAGGACAGAUUUGAGUCGUGGAGCUUAACUAGCAAGCAGGAGUGUCCAGAAGAGGGUUUUGAGAGCCAGAUAAAGAAGCAUGGGGGGGCCACAGGGAUGACGUCCCACACCCAGGGGACUAUGCCUAGAAAACCAGGUGUUCGUAGUGGGGUUCCGGGGCCACAGGAAUGCCAGUGGAUCCCAGGCAGUUUUCAACACCCCAGUUGACUCGAAUGGAUCGUUAACGAGCAUUUUAGUCCUGUUAAAUAAACAAAACAAGAACUGCAAAGAAUAUACAAUUUUUUGGGGGGGGAUGAUUAUAAAAAGGGGAGAUAAAGAUGAAAAUACAGUGGUACCUCAGUUUACGAACAGCCCUGUUUAAGAACUAUUCGGUUUACGAACUCCACAAAACCAGAAGUAGUGUUCCGGUUUGAGAACUUUACCUUGGUCUACAAAUGGAAUCCAAAGAGUGGAAGGGCACCGGCGGUGGGAGGCCUCAUUAGGGAAAGCUCGCCUCGGUUUAAGAAAAGGUUUCAGUUUAAGAACGGACCUCUGGAAUUCAGUUCGUAAACCGAGGUACCCCUUAUAAAAGGGGAAACCAGUGAAAUACUUAAAAUGUUAGUAGAAAGGGAAGAUCAAGAAGACAAAUUCAAAGAGAAAAGGAGACAAUGGGGCAGAUGGGUGGUCAAAGCUGUGGGGGGUGGAAUGGAAGAAUCAUACAUUGAAAAUGUUGUCUAUAAGAAUAAAAGAAAAUAUGCUAUAUGGUUAUUUAUGGGCCUCACAGGUAUCUCAAACCAUUUGCCCAUGUUGCCCUGCAACCAGUCCAUGCAGAAUGUAGGCACCCUAUAUAUAGAAAGGAGCAAACCAGUGAUAUUUUAGGGAGCAGGCGAGCAGGCCUUACAUCAUAGGAGCCUGCACAAAACACUGUUGCUGUAUGUAGGUUUUAUUUGUUUUUUAUCUUAUAUUUUGGUAAUGUACAUCCAGUUGUUGUUUUUUUAAUUUUUUGGGGGGCCCCCAAGAGAGUGGGGCCCUAGACGAUAGCUUGCUUAGCUUAUACGUAAAUCUGGAACUAUGCGUCCCUUGACAAUGCUUUCUCUCUUCUCUCCUUUCUCUCGUUCCGACAACAGUUGCUGGGCCCAGCUAUCGUUGGACAAGAAACCCAAGUCCAGAUUGUCUUCAAGAACCCCCUUCCGGUGACGCUGACAGGGGCCAUCUUCCAUAUGGAGGGCUCGGGGCUCUCUACCCCAAAUACAAUGACAGUGGGGUGAGUAAACCUACCUUUCCCAGGAUUCUUUGGGACAGGGCUGCCAUUUAAGGGCAUUGUGCAUCUGAAACAAUAGCCAUCUUCCCUUCAUCGGAAGAUUACCAGGUGCUACACGAAAGCGCUCAGCAAAAUUCACAUCGCGUAAUUCAAAUGCAAUUUUAAACACUCAACAAAUCAGAGCUGAGAGGAGGAAAAGGGCAAAUAAAAAGCUCCCCAAAUUUGAUUCAAUCUACAGAUCAAAAUAAUAAUAAUAAUAAAUUAUUAUUGUAACAUUCAGAGCUUUUUUCCUGGGGGGGACACAGGGGUACGCAUACCUCUAAACAUUUUGUGAAUCUAAAUUCAGCCUCAUUGAAGGGCAGUACUUCAAUAUGAAUAGGAAAAUGAGAGUACCCCUAAACAUUUUUUAGGGGGGGAGCACUGGUAAUAUUUAUACCCUGCCCAUCUGUCUGGGUUGCCAGAUAGCUCCCUAGUUUUCAUUUUGUCCUUAAUUCAGGAGUUGCUUAUGACAGAGGCUUUGGGGUGGAACCUUAAACCAAAUUAGUGAAGAGUUGACCAAAGUAAGGCACAAUGUUUCUAGUCAGAACCUGCAAUUAGGUUCUCGCAUACCCAGAAUUGGUGGAUUGGACUCCUCAAGCCCUGGCACUGGACCAGAACGUUGGUGGCACUGUGGGUUAAACCACUGAGCCUCUUGGGCUUGCUGAUCAGAAGGUCAGCGGUUCAAAUCCCCACGACGGAGUGAGCGCCCGUUGCUCGGUCCCUGCUCCUGCCAACCUAGUAGUUCGAAAGCACACCAGUGCAAGUAGAUAAAUACGUACCGCUGUGGCGGGAAGGUAAAUGGCGUUUCCGUGUGCUCUGGUUUCCGUCGCUGUGUCCCAUUCCGCCAGAAGCAGUUUAGUCCUGCUGACCACACGACCAGGAAAGCUGUCUGCGGACAAACGCUGGCUCCCUUGGCCUGAAAGUGAGAUGAGCGCCAAAACCCCAUAGUCACCUUUGACUGGAUUUAACCAUGAGGGGUUCUUUACCUUUUUACUUCGGAAACCUGGCCUUUCUGAAAACACAGGCUGGGGAACCUGACUCUCUCUUUCUCCCCCUUCUGCAGAAAUAUCGGCCCACACCAAACAGUGACGCUACGACAGACGUUCACACCUCUCCGUGCAGGCCAGCGCCAGCUGGUUGCCAGCUUAGACAGCCCUCAGCUCUCGCAGGUCCACGGGGUGCUGACGAUCGAGGUGACCCAGGGACCCCCACGAGGCCCCUCGUCAGCUUCUCCAGCCCCCGUUCGGGGGUCUCCGGCCCGCGGACGAGCUUCCCCGGCCCACGGACGGGCUUCUCCGGCCCCCGCCCGAGCCUCGCCUGCACCUUCUCCGGCCCCCGCCCGAGCCUCGCCUGCACCUUCUCCCGCCCUCACCAGGGCGUCUCCGGCUCGCCAGCCGACAGGCCGCAGCAGCCCAGCCAAUGCCCGCAGGUCUCCGGCCCGCCAGCCAGACCCUCGAGGCUCCCCCAAUGUCCGUGGGUCGCCUGCCGUGCGGGCGGGGCGUGGGGUCUGAGGGAGACCUUUUUAGCUUUUUAUUUUUUUAUUUUUAAUGUGAUGUCCUGUGUGAUGAAUUGCAUACGGUGCCAGCAGAACUGGGAGCAACAUGAGGGGGGCAUGUUAUGAAUGAGCCACAGAACCACAGCAGUUCUGCAGGAUGAGGGCAUGCCAAGGCCUCGAUAUUCGGUUGUCUCUCAGCCGUCCAUCACCCAUAUACGGCCCACCCUGCUGCCCCUGCCCGUUAUUUGCCAUUGCCCAGUUAUAUCUCUGCUUCCCCCGUCCCCUCACACAAUUUGUUCUAUUGUUCCUUCCCCUUUUCCUUGCUCUCCGUACCCGCUCCCCACAAAACUCGCGACUCUGAGCCCAUGUUGACCUGCCCCUCUCUGCCUGUCCGUCCAUCUUCUGCCUGAAUGUUUGCCAUCGCCUCACAUACCUGCACUGUCAAUUUCACUCUCUCCCAAGCCCAAGGGCCAAGCGUUGCCAGCACCCUACAAAUCCACUCCCUCUUUCUUGAUCGCUGGGAUCCCCUGAAAGAUUUUUGUACUGGUUGUUCUCUUUUGCUCCUUCGCACACCUUUUGUUUUUAAAUAAUACACUGAACCUCACUCUCUCGCACAGGCACAACACUUGCUCCCCCAAAAAGGCAAGCAAUGAGCUUCCGAAGGGAGAAGAUACACAGGGGUUUUUUUUAAGUUGUCCUAAGUAAAUCCAGCUUGAUCCCCACCAUAUCCACUGGAAAUUUAACGCCACAUUUACAUUAGAUGAAUCUUGCCACUUUCUUAUCUCUCUCCUUGGGUCACCGGUACAAGGAGGUUAUCAGGCACUGGUUGUGUUGGGGGAAGGAUUUUUCUCCCUGCCUUCCUAAAAUGGUAACAGCAAGGAAGACAACGGAAACUGCUUGAGGAAGACUACUAACCCACCGCAAAAUGCAUUAAUUGGCCAUUGGCUGCCUUGCCUCUGUUCACUUAUUUAAAUGUAUGCAAACACCAAAUGUCCACAAUCUUCCUUAACUUUGCACUGAAACCAAGCUGUGCGUGCUUUUAAAAAGAAGAGCCAAAAUAACAUGUUUGUAGCUAGCCAGAUGACAGCGCUGUGAUUAUGUGAAGAUAUGAUAAAUUGUGCUACAUUUAAACUACAUGCAAACGAGUGAAGCCAAAGCCUGUUACUCUUAUUUUUCACACUUAAUAUAGGUAUUUAUUUGAAAAUAAAUGAUUUUUAUCUCUAAACCUGGCUUUUUAAAUGGUUGUGUGGGUUUCUUCUUUUCUUGGAGCACUCAGCAUGUCACAAACCCACAUUAGCAGCUGUUGCAUUUUGUGGUAUUGUCCAGGCUGGCCUCCCCUCAAAGCCACAUUGGCUUUUCCUUGCACAUCCUCUCUCUCCCAUAUAGUAUUUGUACUGGUCUGUCAUCACACUGUGAUUAUGACAGCCACUAGGGGGCACUUCUUCGGCGAUCACUCAUAUCCGAGUAAGAUUAUCUUCCACGAACACGGUUUUAACGGUGAGUCCGUAAGUGACUGUGGAGGCCAAUUCUGGAUCCACACGUCCUUCCACAGUGAGGACAUUGGUUUCCGGGUGGGAGUUGAUCACAGUGAGGGUUUGCCAAGCGUGCCUUCCUCUUACCACGUUUCUCCCUUGCGUCCUGAGUUCAAGCGUCUUCAAAGCCCAUGACACCUUUCGUAAAGGCUGUUCUCUGACUGGAGCGCUCACAGGCAAGUGUUUCCCAAUUGUUGGUGUUUAUACUACAUUUUUAAAGAUUUGCCUUGAGAGUCUUUAAACCUCUUUUGUUGACCACCAGCAUUACGCUUUCCAUUUUUAAGUUGGGAAUAGAGUAGUUGCUUUGGAAGGCGGUCAUCACGCACCCGCACAACAUGACCAGUCCAACGAAGUUGGUGUCGAGGAAUCAUUGCUUCAACACUGGUGAUCUUUGCUUCUUCCAGUACACGGGCAUUAGUUCGCCUGUCUUCUCAAGCGAUGCGUACAAUUUUUCGGAGACACCGUUGAUAAAUCUUUUGAGGAGUUGGAGAUGGUGUUUAU